AUGACCAUGGCGGACGACGACGUGCUGUUCGAGGAUGUCUACGAGCUGUGCGAGGUGAUAGGAAAGUAAGUAAUGAACCACCGUCCUUCUUUGCAGGGGCAUGUCCAGGGGGAGGUUAGGGGUGGCGUGGGCCCCUCAUUUUUAGCUGCUUGACCUCCUCCAAGUGCCACCCCAAAAUACUCAACUAUGAUUGGCUUUUCUUUCUUCUCAGAGGCGGGACUUGAGUUAUAAUCAGCUGUUUGAACAGUCUGCAGGUAGUUCUCUUUGCAUCUUUUCUUUUGUUGGUACUUGAAAUUGUUGAAAAUAUCCUCAAGACCAGUGCUGCACUGAUUUUGUUCUCCGAAGGGCAUCUGCUGAUAAUUUGAGAACAGUGUGGAUGAACAUAUUGAUUGUUUCUUUCUCAUUUUUGCAUUUGUUCAGAACAAUUUUAACACCUAUUGUUUUAUGCAAAUUAUAAUCUAAUAUGCAUAGUUAUCUGAGCCAGGUUUGUAAUUAGUUAAUGAUAGAGGAUAAUGCAUUGUGUUAUACCAGUGGUUCUCAAGUGCAGUCCUCGAGGCCCACUGUCCUGCAUGUUUUGGACACACCUGAUUCAAAUGAUUAGCUCGUUAUCAAGCUCUGUAAUGGCUUAAUAACGAGCUGAUCAUUUGAAUCAGGUGUGUUGGAGCAGGGAAACAUCCAAAACAUGCAGGACAGUGGGCCUCGAGGACUGGACUUGAGAACCACUGUGUUAUACCAUAGUUUUUAGAGCAUUUAUGUCAGAUGCAAACCCUAAACUGCAGUAUUACAUACAUCAUAACAUAAUUCAUCUAUGAACACAAGCCGGUAACUAUUAAGAUUUGAUAUGCAGUCAUUUAGGAUGGGAAAAAACAGUGUUUUGUUUAGGUGAAGCAAACUUUGCCCAAUGCCAGACACAUAGACGGGGCUGCCUGCAGUGUCUGCAUACAUAAUUUGGUUGUUUUUUUCUAACUUAAAUCCUUACCUUGAUUGUCCAUAGAGAUGCAGUCCUACAGUGGAGGUUCUGAAAGUGCAGCCGCAAGCCCUGCAGACAGAUAUUACUAACUUUACGUCACUGUAUGGUAAUAUUUUGAUAGCAAGUCCACAGUGUGAAUUUAUUGUGAUAUUUAAAAGAAAGGGGAAUCAGUAUUUGGAAAAUGAUGCCAUUUAUUCAACAGUGAUUGAACAUUGAGAAGUGAUUUGGCAAGGAUCAAAUCAGCCAAAAGUGAUAAUAUGAAAUGAAAUCAUGGUACCAGAUGGACCUUGUACACAAUACAAGUCUUUCUUUCAGUACAGGAACAUCAGACCCUGCCAAAAAAAAAAGUAUUAAAGUUUUAUCUUCAAUUUUUUCGGGGUGAUGGUUAACCAAGUGGCUUCACAGAUUACUUGUAUCUCCCAAUGUAUAGGUCACCGCACUCUGGCAGUGUCUGCAAAUUGUUUUUGUUUGUCUGUCACAUUUCCUCCUCUCAUUUUUUGACAUGGGGAAACCGAAGUGCAUCCAUCAGAUUUUAAAGCCUCUGGAGCAUCCACAGUUUCAAAAGUGUCCCUCUGUUCUCUUUUGCGAGUAACACUUGUGUCCAGUACUACAUCUAACAUAACAAAGGAUGGUGGACAUGCACAAGACAAUGUUUUGUCCCUGUGCUCUGCUCAGCUGCAGCUGAAAUAAACUACACUUUUCACCAAGAAGACUCACAAUUUCUGGUCCUUGACAGUAUUAGACACUUGUCCUUGUUGAUUUUGUCACACCCAUAUGUAACCCAGGUAAAUCCUGUGCAGCCAGCUCCUCCUAUAUGCCCACACAUCAGUUGUAUCUCACGGUAAAUAUAAUCUAAUCUCGCGGUGUCUUGCAGUAUUGCAUGGACCAGUCAUAGUUGAGUAUUUUUGGUCCUAAAGGUCCGUUUCCUGAUUCAAAUCCAAGGCAAGACAAUACAUUUGUUUUUGAUUGUUUAACUGUUCCUGUUUGCGUUCACAAAGGACAAACUCAAUCGCUCCAGAAAACGGAACCAGAAGUCACAUGACCGCAAAUAUCGUUCAAUUAUUGGUCAUCAGUUUAUGUGGGAAUAUAAACCCCCGCUCUGCUGUCUUCGCCUGUCAUGGAGCAUCUUAGGCUGAUUUUUCUUUUGCUACUCAUCUGGAGCGCGUAUCAAAAGACGCUGGUCGAUUGCGCGUAUGAACAGCUCAUUAGCCAGCGAGCACAAACUGCGGCAUUAACUAAUACAUUCCGGAGUAGACGUGCUGCAAACAAUAGACAGAUAAAGACGAGACGGCAACAGGCAUUAUUGACGUGUGUGGUGCGUUUCCUGUAAUUGGUGUGGAUGACGUUCACACCAGAAAUGAACCACUUCAGAGUUCACUUGAUAGCGGUCCAAGACCACCUCUUCAGGUGGACCAGAGUUCAUUAUUUGGUCCGCAUCAGAGUUCGAGGUCAGCGUUCACACCGACCCAAACAAACCGCACCAAGGGGGUAAACGCUCAAGGGUUCGGUUCAACCGGACUAAACUAGAGUGGUGUGAACGUGCCCUUAAUUACGUCAUGAUGUCACCUUUGUUGGCACGACCAACUGAAUGUAGUUUGUAGACGCUACACCUCAGUCUGAGUAGGAGCAGUGGGGAAGCGGCAUGGGCGACAAGCUACAGGUUGGUUUAAGCUCAAUCGUAAAAGUUUCAUUUCAACAACCGUCAUCAAAUGCUUUUAAUAUAUCAACUUGUAGAAGCCUUCUACCGUGCCUUUACCUGUGUUUUCGAUGGUGUAAUGAACGUGUUGUGUGGCGAUAGCUAGCGAUAGCUCAGCCAAGCCCAUUCAUCCCAAUGUUAGAGGUUAGCUUAUAUCAUUCAAUUAGCGCCCCCCAGUCACACACAUUCCCCCUGAAAACUUUUUCCACAAGCCCCCCCCCCGAUUUAUACUCACCCCAGACGUGAGUGUUUGCCUUUGAUGAUGCUGGGGUCAGUUUUCAGCGUUUCAUUAGACAAACAAACAGUGUUGUUUUCGUUGAUGAUGAUGUUGACGAAAAUAAUACGUCAACGUCAUUGUCAACGAAAACAACACUGCAGAAUAUAUGUUUAGCGUUUGACUGACGAAAUGCUCAUGAAUUUUGCAACUCUGUUCGUCGUCCACCACUAAUGUUUUCGUCUAGUCUAGUCAACGUAAAUGCACAUUUGUCUCGUCAUAUUUUAGUCAUCGAAGACUUACAUGUAGCUCGUCAACGUCAAAAAAGGGGCGUCAACGAAAACAACACUGCAAACCAAGGAUAUUUUGUUACUAUUGUUUUCAUUUAAAUGGGCAUACAUUCACUGUAUAUAUCUGCACUUUGGUUGUUUCUGUAAAUAAUAUUCCAAAUCAUUCAAAAAGCAAUUUCCGCCUCCUGUCCAACUCUCUCCUUGAGCAAACCAUGGUGUUCUGGUUACUAGCCCCUCACCAAAUGUUACUAUGUUAAUCAUCAUACAGAUAUCAUUAGGUAUUAAACAAAUACUCAUCAGUUUGUGUAUUCAUCUUAAAUCUGACACAGUUGCUACAAAAAGGUGUUAAUCUCUGUAUGAUACUUAUCAGUUAGUAGAUCAGUAAAUGAUAGAUCCAGUCUGGGUAACCCCCAGUCAUAAAGUCCUGCUCGUUUGGCUGCUUUUGAGUAUUUUGGGUGUUACACUGCUUCCCCCCCAUUUGCCACGCAGCUGCAAGCGCCUUGAUGCUGCUGCUCCUUUGUCAAAUCUUGAAGGUUUUUCAAGGGGAAAGUUCACUGUGUGAAUGAGGUCCUAAUGUGCAUCACAGCUGCAGAGUGUGCCUGGCAUCACGGCCUUUUUGCAUUUAAAUCUUUUUGAUUACAAGAUGAAUGUGUAGAGUAACACUUGUCUUAAGUCUCUUACUGAAAUUAGAAAUUUCCCUAAGGAUUAGAAAAACUUGGGGAUUUGACAGGACCUUUAGUGCAGUACUAUUUGUUGCUAUGGGUGAAUAAAUUAGACCUGUUUUGAUAGCUGACAGACUGGCAAUCUGUUUGCAACACAGGACAUGUGCAGGAAUCAUCUGGCUGCGCAUCCCGAGUGUCUCCAGACAGGAUUGCGUUUCCUCUAAUCCCUCCUAUUUGACAGGAGCCAUACCCGCAUACUGUUACAACCAAACGGAGAGGCCUUGAGCAAAUAGUGACGGUGUCAUAGGAGGACACCAUCUCUUUUUUCCUCUAAAUGUGAAGGAAAGAUUCAACAUGCAAAGAAAACUGCUGCAGCGUACGUGUUACUUCAGUGUGGUCAGAAAUGGCUACCCAACUCCCAUCUGGAAGACCGACAGACCCGUCAAAAUCCUGGGUUUCCAGUCAGUCCCCUCCCCCUUGCAAACCUAACUCACUGAGGGUCUGAGGGUCCAUUAAGGUUGAGGUAGAGGAGAAAAGAGGCGCACUCUGCAGACCCCCAGGCUCUGUCCUUUAUUCACAAUCUUCCUGUUGCUUAGUUACUAAUUGAUGGUUUGGCCAGAGCUGCUAUCUAAGAGUUCUGGUAACUGAUAUAACAACUGCUGUAAAGAGUUGGAGUGUAAACUAGGACGAGGUGAUCAAACAAUCUUGAUAAAAGGUUCUUACUCGAUAUAAGCUGAUAAGUUUGACUCAGUGAGGACAGAUUUAACAACCUAUCACACAUUAGACUUGUUUAAAAUCAGCAAAACCAGGAGCCAUGGAAGCAGAAGUGAUCAUUUGAGCCCCAUUAUCCUCUGAAGAUGAGGACUUUUUUUUUGGCACAGAUGUUAAAAAAAAACAGAUGUUUGUUGAUGUUUCUUGCAGCAGAGGUUGCAUCCCUCAAGCAGACAUCUUGAGUUUCCCUUGAAGCAUUGGAGAGACCCUAAAAACGGCUUUGUUCAGUGUUUUUGGUCGAGUUUUGUCACACGAUCUGUUUUGUUUUGAGAAGGAGAAGACUCUUGCAAAUGAUUUAUCCCACGACCAAUGAACUCAGCGUGACUAAAACCAUCCAAAAGCCAGGGCUGGAAGUGAGUCACAUUAUUGUAAUUGAGUAUUUUCUUUUGUAUACAUGGAACAAUGUGAUAUUGGCAGUUUAUAUUGGGCAUCAGUCAACCUGCUCUCAAAUUAUUGAUACUGGCACGGGCUGUUGUAAACCGGCAGAAAUACUCCAUCAUGUUUCGGGAAACUUGUCAAGAAUUGCUUGCUGCACUGGGAUCCACUUUUAGCCUUUACAAUUAAAUAAUUCCUUAUCGACCCUGUGACUUAAGCAUGCAGGAACCACCUUAAAACUGCAAACCUGACUGUGAAGGUACUACAAAAAUUAUUUGAUCACUUUACUGUGGAAAGACUCAGAGUCAAGACGAUUUCACAUAUUGAUAUUGUGGAGUAUAUUAUAACAAUUUGCACGGGAAAGUGGGCUUUUAGAUAAUCUAGGGGGCAUAUUUUACUCCUCUAUCCUCACCACCAGGUGUAAAAUCUAAGUAAACAGUACCAGAGGUCAACAGAUUAAAUGGCCGAUUAAGCAGCAGCUCAGCUUGCAGCCCCCCCAUGUAACAGUUUAUCUAGAAGGUGUGAAAAAUCACAGUGUGGUUCAGAACUCUAAAAAGAAGGAUAGCUCUUAAAAACUGGUGAUGCAGUGAACAUUUUUUUACUUUUCUGCCACCUUUUAAACUGUUAUCAUAACAUUUGUUUGGUUAAAUGUCAGGGCUAGGUUUGAAAAAAACUUUCAAUCAUGUUGGUUUUUCCGUGUUUCCUGGUCCUAGUUUCCAACAUUAUCAAGUUUGUCUUACCUGCACAGUGCACUUUUUAACUAGUCACUGCAACCAAUAAGAAACACAACAUUUGCAAAGACUACUAAGUUGUCUAUAGCGGGUCAUGCUCAUGAAGUCCAGUUGGGUCAGUCGAGGAGUAACACAUGAGCAAAUAGUCCUCUGGAGCAUAUCUAAGGCUUUAGCAAUGAAGCAAGACAUCACAUUCAUGUCAUGGAAAAGACCAGAAAAUCCCUCUUAUCUUGCCUGUUCCUUUGUGAAACUGCAGUUGAUGGAUCAAGUGUGUUGAGUCCUGGUGUCUUGGGAUGUGUUGCAGGAAGAGAGAGAAGGGGGGUGGGUGAGGGGGAUCAUUUUUCCUCAGGCCUGAGGUGGGAGGGAAGGAGAGGCUGAAGCAGAUCAAUGGAGACAAGUGGAGUUGGGAAUGGGAUGGCCCUGAGGCUAAGGAUAUAAAUAAUGCCAGCAGACAUUGACUGCGGCACUCUGCCAUCUCCCACUUUGUUUUUAACCUUAUGUGUGUCUGUAGGUAGUGGACAACAUGGAUAGCAGAGGCAGCUGAAACCUGAGGACGCUUAUUAAUUAAAAUUUGAUAUAUAGCUGCAGGAAAGCGUCAGGAAAUGUUGUCUUUUCUAUUCGUACCUGCUCAUAUGUUAUAACCCAGAAUGGAAGAGAAGCCAGGUCUUUUGUCACCUUAGAGAAAGGCAGAUUUAUCUGGUAAUAAAAUACAUCAAAGGCACGGGGAUGGUUGGGUUUUUCAGUGGAUUAAGCCCUCUGUCAGGCUUUCAUUACUCGCUCUUUUCAUGUUCUUUAUUUGUGAGACUUUCUGAGUGACUCGGCUUUUUUAGGGGACAAAGACAUGGCCCGAUAAAAAAAAAAAACAGUUUUUAUCACCAUAUUUGAUAAUGCUGCCAGUUUGAAGAGUGGAGACUGGAGGGGCUGCCAGCUGAGUUUCCAAUAUCAAUUUUAGCUUAGAGUUAAAAAUAUCUACUCUCUCUACUGGGGGCAAUUCUUUCAUUUUUUCUGACACAAAUGGUGACUAAAACUCUGAGGACACAUAUAAAAGCUGGUUUAAAAAUAUAGAUUGAGUUUCUUUUUAAAGCUCAUUGGUGCACAGCAGGGGCUGUGAGCUGAGCUGCUGCUAUUAUAAACUCCUGUUGUAAGUCUUUAGUUUUCAAGGUAUCCAAUGACCUAAACCUCUUAUCUGGUUAAUUAAAAUAGUUAAGAACAACUUAAUGAAAGCUGAUUUUUUUUUUUUUUUCCAGGGAUCGAUGUUGGAUGAUGUUGUAUGGGUCGUGUUUUUCAAUCAUCAAGCCUGGCACUGAGACAAGAGUGUCAUCUAAUCAGGUCACACUAAUUGAAAAACAUAGUGAAUGAGAGUGGCUAAGAUGACGUAAUCCCUAAUAAGUUGAUGUAAUUUGUUUGUUCCUUUAGCUCCUGCCGUACAGCACAGGAGUUGUCAGACUGAUUGUUGUUUUUGUGGGCUCGCGUGUCUCUUUCUGACCUCUGACUUCAGCUCCUUUCAAACUUGUCCGUAAACCCUAUUAUCCAGCUCGUCCCUCCUUUAGGCUCCUAUUGUUGCUCCGUAAAGUCCUCUAUUAUUGUCCCUGAUCGGCUUGUGUGGGGAGAGGGGCAGUCCAGCUGGGUGGGAUUGGGAGCGCUGGAGACCUAAUCACUCUCCAAUAAUCAUCUCAUCUCAUGGUUGUGAAAGGAAACAUGUUUAGGGUGAUUUCUACAGAAAGACGGUCAGUAAGUUCAUUUAGAAAAUUAGUCUUCUUGUGUAAUUUGUGGACAUUUUCCCCUCUUAUUUAAGAUUAGCUUUAAAAGAUGUGACUGCUCUCUUUGAUAAUAUGGCACUUUAGGUUCUGGGUACUGUGUGGAAGUGCACAAAAUCACUACGAGGCUCAUUGUCCACUGGGAUCAUCUCCUUUCAGCUCUGGCUACUUCUCCUCCUCAUUAUUUCAGCGCUAGAUGUGCUUUUUGUGUUGCUGGCAGCCUUUAGGUUUUAGAAAGGUUUCAGAGCCGAGAGCCAAAGAACACAAAGUCAGACAUAUUUGGACUUUUUGCAAAUCGGACCCUUAAUUCAUUAGCAUCUAUUGUUGCAUGGCAACAGAGGGAAGUACAUGCAAAGUGUCUGUGUAGCUGUAAAUUCAUGCAUGUGAGUUUCCUCUGUACUCCCUGUGGUUUUACUGUACCUUUUAAAAAAAAGAGGAAGAGCAUGCAGGUCAGGUGUCAGAUCAACUCCUCACUGGAUUAACUCAGCUAAAAUAUUACACAAGCUAUUGUAGAGCCGUAGGCGGCGAGGCCCUCCUCAUUAUUUGCCCAUUGUCAGUAGUUUACCCAGUAAAUAUGUGACGAUGAUGUGAUGUGAGCACAGCGCCCCAACCACAGGCUUGUUUUUGGGAUUCCAGCUCUAGUUGAAGUGUUGGCAAAGCGCUGAAGCAAUUUAAUCCAUUUGUGUCUGUAAUGAUUCUGUUUGAAUAGGACUUAGGUUGUUGAGAAGCACUAUCCCAGUCACAGUGCUCUUUAUUUCAGCCCCGCGGUGCUCAUUAGAGCCAAGAAUAUUGGGAUGUGCGACUCACUCUAAACCAAUGAAGUGAUCAGUCCUCUGGCUUUUUCUGAGAUGGAUAAUUAAAUUGCUCGGACGGCAUUUGAAUUUUCUUUCAUUGCUAUUUAGUUUUUAAUGGACUGACGCUAGUUUCUCCCUGAACAGAUGCAAUUUUCAGAACACAAAUCUGAAAAUAAAACGUUUGACCUCAGGAAAGCCAAAUUGUUUCGCUACUGGUAGCGUCUCCUCCGGUUUGCCUCAUUAAGCAUAUGAAGCUUUUUUUGGCAUCAAUCAGAUGUUUUUAACUGUCCUUGUAUAUACAACUUACAUAAAUCAUCCGAUGCUUAUUGGCAUUAAACAUUGGCUAACCACUGACCACUAUCAGAGCAAGCUAAUUUAAAGGGUAAUACGUAGAAAUUUGCAGCAGAUCGAAUUUGUUCUGGUUUUAAGCAAUCAGGGAUAGGGCUGGGUGAUAUGGCCUCAAAUCAAUAUCACGGUAUAUUGAGCAGUUCACCUUGAUAAUGAUAAAUGGAUGAUAACUGCUCCAGCCACUACAACUCCAUCCCCUCACCUGUCUUUACCUCUUUGUUACAGACUGGAUGGGGUGGAGUCACAUCUCCAAAGUAAGACAGUGUCUUAAGGGGACAUGAGACCAUAGCCUACCUACACACAUCAAAAACCAACUUUUUUUAUUUAUUAAUUUUUGACACCAAAUAUACUGAUAUAGGCAAACUGACGUCGGUUAUUGUUGUAAAUUGUGGUAAAUUUUCGGUUUAUUGCCCAGCCCUAAUCAGGGAUCAUACUUCUCAUGCAUCACUAGAGCUUCUUGUCCUUGAAAGUAGGGCUGGGCGAUAAACCGAAAAUUUAACGGCAAUAACCGACAUCAUUUUGCCGAUAUCGGUAUAUUUGGUGUCAAAAUAAAUACAUUAAUUAAAGUUGGUUUUGGAUGUGUGUAGGUAGGCUAUGGUCUCAUGUCCCUUUAAGAUGCUGUCCUAUGUCAGAGACAUGACUCCACCCCAUCCAGUCCGCAACCAAGAGGGAAAGACAGGUGAGGAGAUGGAGGACAGUUCAAAGUUGUAGCAGCUGAAGUAGACAAAGUUAAUGUGGGCGGGGGUGAGCAGCUUGUGGAGUAGUUAUUGUCCAUUUAUCUUUAUCAAGGUGAACUGCUCAAUAUAUUGUGAUAUUGAUUUAAGGCCAUAUCGCCCAGCCCUACUCGAAAGGCCACUGUCUCUUUACCAACAGGAGAGGUGAGCAUAUUAGGAUCAAGCACAAGACUGUAACCAAACAUCGUGCAGAAAUAUGCUGUGCCGCUAUCGUUCUUUUACUGCAGGAUGAUCGGUGUUAAUUUUACUCAAAGCAAACAGGAAGAUGAGGCUAACUGAAUGCUAAAUCUCCUUUAUAGCAAUGCUUACAGUGUGGGUUUAUUAACAUAAUGUUAUGGAUCCAGACUUUCAUAUAUAGGCCAGCAUAUAACUGAGGAUCUAUGUGCUCUGCCUGAGGAUAUUGUUAGGCAAGAAUGGGUGAAAAGAAGUGCUUUUACAACCGAUUCAAAGCUGGAACAGUUGGGUUUUAGUAACAGUAGUUGUCUGAUCUGGCUUUGUGGAGGUUAUAUGGUACACCUGUAGUCAUUUAAAGGCAUCCAGUCUUGCAUUUAGUCAUUAGUGAGGCCACUUCUUGUGCUAUUUUGGAUCGCAUGUUGUGAAGAUAUCCGUGGAGCAUUUAUUUAAGAAGAACCGAAGACUCUGUUGUUGUGCAGGAGGAUCCAGGGUUCAAGCCCCCAGCUUGGCACCCAUCCGCUCAUCCAACGUGUCCUGAAGCAAGAUGCUGAAUCCCUGCUGGGAUCAAUACAGUGUCACAUUAUUGCUUGUGUCAUCUUCCCAUCUGUUUGGCAGAGGAGGAUAUCAAGGUAGAGGGAUGUUUAUGUCAACAGGAGGUCGAGUUAGUCAGGUCUCUCCCGGUUGAGACUAAAGUAAGUGUAUGUCAUAUCUGUGUUUCAGUGAGGACACUUUUCUUUCAACUCUUUCUGAGAUAUUCACUAUAGUCAUCUUAGUUUUCUGUCUCUAACACACUUCCUGUCUUUGUUGUGAACUCUCAUAUACAGUAUCUUCUCCUUUGAGUUGCCCACACACACCAGAUCAAUAGCUGUGAACUGAUGGUGUAAAAGUUGAAGCGUUCUUUCAGACUCCACAGAGUGCUUUCAAAAACCUGGAUCCUCCUCUUCCUCUCAUGUAGGGGAGAAGGAUUUUCUUCCAAAGCUUAAGAACCUCCUGAGGGUAUCUCUGCUCUAAAUUUCAAGCUGCAGCCAGAAUGCUAAUUUCUCUGCUAAUAAUCAAAGGGUUGUGUGUGUCUCUUUUGCAUAAGGAAACACUUUGGAUUAUUGUUGCUCAGCCUCUCGCAGGCUGCAGCUGAACAGCCCUGAACUUUGUUGAACUUGUUAAAUUAACAGUUUUGCACUUGAGCUCAGUUUGGGCCAGUAGGGCAGACAGCACUUAGAAAAACGAGUCCAACAGGAGGCGUUUCAGCUAUGUUUUGUUUUUAUUCUCUCAUUGAAAGCAGCUGCCUCUUUUCAAAUGAAUGGAGAAUCUCUCUGAAUCCAUAGGCACCGCUUCUAAUCCAGCUAUUUUCAAAGCUUUUAUAGGACAGUAUGCUAUAAUACUGUAUCCCAAAACUUGGUUUUAUGUGUUUGCAUUACAAGCAGGAGGGCCAGACCGAUAUGGAUUUUUUGGGGCAGAUGCCGAUACUGAUUGUUAGGGGGGAAAAAAAUCUGAUUUCCAAUUAAUGGGCCAAUUUUUAAAACUCUUUAUGAAGUUAUAAAAAAUACAUAUAUACAGUAGAUAUCUACAGUAUACUAUAUGCUGUAGAUAUACUGUAGGCUUCAUGCCGAAAGGAAGACCGACUAAUCAAACUCGGACCAGAAAAGCGUUUUCAACUACACCCCCUCCCCCCGUGCCGAUCGGUGCCUCUGCGUUUUACCUCACGUUACACAUUUCUGGUCCGGUCUCAUCUGGAGACAUGCAGCUGCCUCAGUAAGAGAAGUAGCUCGAUCACGUAAUGUGUACCGUUGUUUAUUCUAUCGUUACUGGCACGGCUAACAGUGUAGCAAGGCUAAUAGCAGAUGGCUAACUCUAACUUAAGCUUGCAUAUUACACAGUGCUUCACUGAGACCAGCACAGCGGGGAACAUCGUGAAGUGGGUUGGACUGAAACUUGUUGACUUAUUGUGCAUUUCACAAACUGGUUUAUUUACCGUUGAGGCGGACCACUCUCCUCCAUGUGUCGAAAAUAUCAUCAAAAAUUGGCGAGUUUUGGCCGAUUACCGAUUUGAACCGGCUGAUUGGCUGAUUUAAUUGUCUCGCCGAUAAAUCGGUCGGGCCUUAACAAGCUGGGUGACUUGCUAGCGAUAGGGCUGGCCUCAAAUCAAUAUCACGAUAUUUAGCAGUUCACCUCGAUAACGAUAAAUACGAUAAAUAGACAAUAACUACUCCACAAGGUGCUCACCCCCUUCCACAUUAACCGCGUCUACCUUAGCUGCCGCUCCAGCCGCUCCAACUUUGAACCGUCCUCCAUCUCCUCACCUCACCUCAACUUUUAUUUAUUUAUUUUUUUGAUACUGAGUAUACCAAUAUGGGCAAAAUGACGUCGGUCAUUGUCACAGGUUUAUCGCCCAGCCCUACAUAGAGAUUCACUCUUUUGAUUUCUUACACUUUUCUUCCUGGCCCUGUGUGCACUGACAGGAGGGCGUGGCUUCGGUUUUCUCCUGCUGUGUGUUUUAAAGCCAAUAAAAUGAUGUUGACUUUAACCACUCUUGAGCUGUAUCGACAGAAGAAGAAGAAUAACAGCUCUUUGAUGCAUACUUUCAACAUUACAUCACUGGGGAAACUCCCGGAUCCAAAGUGGCUCACAUUACCACAUUAUUCAAAAUGUGUCCUUUGGGUGACUCCAAACACCUCCGCGAUGACUUUCCACGUCUGAAUGGGAACAGAGGGAAGCUUUCUGUCUGGAUUAGUGUGUCAGAUUUUUAUGUGUUGGUGUGCAGCUGUGGUUUGAAUACAGCCGAGACAAAUGAGGGCCGCUGGAUGCAGUGAGAUUUCACAGGGAAAACUUGAUUUAAUGGCGAUAAAGUGCAGAUGUAGGCCGAUCUCUGUGCGCCUCUGGAGUUAUUUUGCACAAUAAGAGACUUGAGAUUAAGACGAGUUUGCUUUUUUGGAGAAACUCCUGCAAAUUCUGUUUCUGUAGCUCCAAUCUGAGCAUAAUCCCCCCCCUCUAAAACUUAACGGCCAAACUAAUAGGAUGAAAUAUGCAAGCUGCUGGCCACAGCUAAAAGAGCAGAAUGCUGCUUGAGGCGGAGGAUGGCUUCUCUCAGGAGAGCGGCACCGGUGAUGUUGAGUCUGCAGCUCCAGAUGUGUCCCGUCCCUGUUUGGGGAGAGAACAAAAUGUGAAAGGGAGUUUGAAAUGUGGCCGGCGCUACUAACAUCCGUCCAGUCUUUUGAUUUUACAGAGAGCAGGGCGCUGAAAUGAGCUGAGGAGCCGUCGGUAAAGACUGCCACUUUGGGCUAAUGUUUGAUGACUGCCGCUGUCGGAUGUGAGCCAUGUGUGGGCGUUUUGUAUGAGCCCACUCAGCACAGCUGCAGUGAUGUCAGAGCGGCAUGCGGCCUCUCCACUUCCUGCACACACACACACACACACUCUCUCUGUAACACUCACUCGCACCCUUAUAAUGCUUCUAUAAUAGCUACUGUACAUGGCUGAAUGGCUAUUUAUUCUUUUAUACAAGAUGAUGAAAUGAAUUGCACGCUAAUUUAUUAAAUCAAAGAUCCGCCCAGCCCCCACUUUCAUUUGAAACACACAACUGCUCUAGAAACAGGCCUGUUUGGGGAUUGAUUCUCUAUGCAGCUCCCUUGAACUGACAGCCAAGAUUACAAAUGAGGUUGAUGCAUAAAAUCUGGCAGGUUCACCCAACCUCACCUUAUUGCUUAAUGGCGGUAAUGAGUUUUAUUGACACACAUUAGAUCAGUGCCAAGAUGGCCCAACUCUCACUGCAUCAUUUGUAUCCUUGUAGUCGCUGCCUCUGCCUUCACUCCGCCAAAUCUUUACCAGACAAGCACGUAGACAUUUUUACUCAAUAUGGAUGGAUCUAACAGUCUGUCACAAUUCCCACCGUUUGAGGAUGAUAACCAACAGGUUCAGCAUUGAUAGUGGCAUAAAAGGUAAACUUGAACUUCUGCCAACCUCUUCAGAUAAAAGAGCCAUACAGUAUCUUUAUUUUUACGUUGCACCGUAGCCUGGGAAAAUCAGAUCUACAAGAGUCUUUUCAACCAGAAGCUGCUUCCAGCAAAUGAGAGAGAGAGAGAGAGAGAGGAGUAAGCAGUGGUCAAUGACAAGGAGGACGACUACAGAGGGAGAGGAAGUAAACAAAACAGUGAAACUGAAGAAGGAGGUUCUGAUUGAUGCUGUCAACAAUAUACACACACAUCCAUACCUUUGCAAAAACGUGAAGGAUUCUCUUUAUCUUCCGCUGAAAUUGCCCUUAAGGUCCUUACACUGCGGGGCAGACACGAAUAUAGAAUGCGAAAUCACGAAAUAUUUGGAGGCGAAUUUUGAAUCAAGUCAGAUGCGAUUUUGCGACUUUCCAGGGAGAAAGAGACGUGCCCAGGGAAGACUUUUCCCGCGGAAAGUCCCACCUCCUUCACCUCUGAUUGGCUAGGGUUCGAAAAAAAAUAUUGAUGUCCGAAAUAAUCGCAUGACAAAAACGGUCCCGGUGUGAAAAGACCGUUAUCCUCGCCUACUUCGUGGGUCUCUGCUCCACCCCUCAUCACAGCCAACACACAGGUCGCUCUUGUUUCUCACAGGUUGGAAACAGUGACGGCAAUUCAUCGGAUUUUCAUUUUGAGAAUGAUUUUGUUCCCCUUUAAUUUCAAAAAUAUGAUAAUCAAGACUGGACGACAUUGUACCGCCUGUUUUUGCUCUCUAUGCUUUGAAUGAAGCACACCCUCCUUCUUUUCAUUAACAGCAGAGCAUUGAGAAAACGGCUCUCACUUUACUCAAUCAUAAAAGCUCAGAUUAAUGAGAAACAAAAUUUGGAAGCACAAGGAAGUUGCUGCUCCUGCUAAGGUUAAAGGUCGACCAUUUGGGAUUUUUAACAUGUUAAAGCAGUAGCGUUACAAACUAUCAGGAGUAUUUACCUCAAUCAAGUUAUCCUGUUUCUAUUUAAGGAUCCCCGAGACACAGACUUGAACUCCCUUUCUCUUUGAUUCUGUGUUUCUACUGAUUUGAUCACUGGAUCACUUUAUCUUGGAGAGUGAGAGACCUCUGAGAGACAUUCAGCUCCCAUUAAAAUCCUGUGAAAGAGAGACCCAGGAGGGAUCCUAACCUUUAAACAGGCUGACUUAAUGUUGGCAGCAGUUUGGCCGGCAGCCCCUGUAAGUGCUGCGCUUGAAGACAGACGGGGAGCAAAUAUUUAAAACAGCUUUGUUAAACUGGUUUUGAUCGUCUGAACUUCACUUAAUACAUCCUUGAGGUGUGUUUUAAAUCUGAUCAAAAAACUGUCAUGGAUCUGGAUUCUUAACAAACUGGGGGCAUCAUUCGGUUAUAUUUUGAACAUGUCCUCUCUAAGGUAAGGUUGGACAGCGGCUCCCUCAUGCUGCUCACCACACCUCCUUUUUAAUAAGAAACACAGCUGCUGCAGCACAUCAACUGUGGAGGGCAGAGGUCAGGGGGGGUUGUCAGAUCAUCAGCAGGAUUCUCAUGGGCCCCGGAGAGAGGAGUGUUGUGUUUUACGCCUCUCUCUCUGCCCACAGCCUGAACACAUGCUGGCCGCGUUUGUUUGUGCGGGUUAAUCAUUACAGCAGAUGUGAGAGACAAAUGUGGGAGCGAAUCAGCUGUUGCUGCCGGAGGAUCCUUUACUCUUUGUUUCAAACUAACACUAUCCUGCAAGUAAAACUAACUCCAGCAAGUUUCUUCAUUAAAAGACUGUUUUGUUUUGUUUUGUUUUGUUUUUGUUUGUUUGUUUUUUUACAUGUGUGUUUCUGCUUUCAUCCACCUCUGAGGCCUGUGGACUGCAAAGAUGUGGAGACAGCUGUAACACGGCAGGGGUGUGCGACUCUCAGAAGGCCUGAGGACAGAAAAUGUGCAAAUGUCUCAGCUUUAAGUGUCUUCUCCCUCGGCUUUUUACUGUCUGCACCUCAUGCUCAUUUCCAUGCAUUUACAUCUGCAGAAGUAGAGGAACGAAAAGGCGUUAGAGUUUCUGUGUUCACGUGAGGAGAGCCACCAAGAGUGACCUGGGUCCAAAACAAUAUUAACAAAAAGAGACUACAUAUCAGCUCAAACUCAUUUCCUGCGUUGUCUGGUUUUCUUUAUGUUUUGCACACAAACUUUGCUCGCAGCAUCGAGCAGCUGUAGCUCAGCGGUGGAGUCAGGCGCCUCUCAAUUGAAAGGACUUUGAUCCCAGGUCCCCUGUUUCCACUUGCUGAAGUUGCUUUGGGCGAGACACUUAACCCCAAACUGCUCCAGUGGUGUCGGUGAAUGGGAUUAGAUAAUGCUAGUGUGGAUGAGAGAAGAUGAGUCGGUAAAUAUCUCUUUUUCCUCCACUGAGUUGGCAUUGAAGGGAUAUUCCGGCGUAAAUUUAAGUUAUGGUCAAACACACCAUAAAACAGAGUAAGACAACCCCUCGAGGGAUGAAUGUUGCCGACUGCUUACUUCUCUAGUUAUAUCAACUUUAGAAACGACCGCAAGAUAGCAAUUCACAGCGGUCUGAGGAGCCACACACAAACCUCAACCAAAACGCCACUCAGUAGCCACAAAUAAUGCUCAGAACGGCACCUAACUUUAUCAAUAGUACAUAUAGGGUCCCAGCCACAGCACUAGCCAUCAUACAUCUUUUUAGCUUUGCCUAAUUUUCUUCGCAAAGAGACUAAACACAACUCACCCAUUCUAUUCCAGCAGCCGCUUGUUUGUAGCAAGACCUCAGGCCAGUCCAUUACAGACUACAGCGGGGUUACGCAGCUCAAGGACGAACCUUUAUGAUCAUUACUUUAUCAUUUCCUUGAAGUAAUAAUCACCAUAUUAAUCAUUUUCCACUGCAGACGCUGUAGUUCUUGUGGCUUAGCAUCGCGGUAUGAUUGCAUUUCCAUGAAGUAAUGGUCAUAACUGUUCUUCCUUGAGCUGUAAAACUGGGCUGCACUUUGUUGUUGGUAUAACCAUGGACAUUAUAUACGUCGAUGCUUCAUUACGUGCUGGAGCGAAAUCCAGUGUCGCCGCCAUAUUGGAUGGGUCUCCCCACUCCAGGUUCACGCAAGUCGCCAAACGGGGUCAAUGGAGAACGAGCAACUAUGCACGUUUUUUUGCACUCUAUGGUUGAAAAACCCUACGCAGUAUUGAAACCAGAUCACGUAGGAUUACAUUUCACAAAUAGGAUUGAAAAUAAUUUUGGUUAUUUUUAAUGUGUGACAUUGUCCUGUAUUAUGGCUACAUCCCUGCCGUUGUAAAAAAACGAACAGUGUGAAAAUCGGGUAGAGAUUUGGAGAGUUAUGAUCAAUAUGGUUGGGCAUUCGUACCUACUUUAAUGCACCUUAGGUACAUGGGGGACCCAUCCAAGACGGCGGCCGCGCUGAUACGUGAGCUCCAAUUGGCAGCGUCAGGCUUUGAGGCGUCUACGUAUAUUAUGUCUAUGGGUAUAACUAGAGAAGCAAGCAGUUGGCAACAUUCAUCUCUCAAGGGGGUGUCUAACUCAGUGUUACUGUGUGUUUGACCCUAACUUAAUUUUACGUUAGAAUUUCCCUUUAGCUGAGCGAGCUUCACUUGGCUGCAUUCAAACUGUGUGAAAGCUCGGCUUUUACUAAAACGUUCCCAUGCUGAGAGAGAAAGCAUCGCUCUAUUGUGUAAGAAUCUUGUUCCGAAUGUUUGAAUGAACUCCGACAGCUGUCGUGGGUUUUAUUGCAGAAACGAUGGAUUUUGGAUGAAUUGAAUAAAAGAUUAAAUCUUCCCACUGAUUCACACCACCUUCUUAUUUGGGGAGAGGAAAUAGCAGUGACUUUAUCUGACAUCCAAAGACGUAUUUAACUUCCGCAUCAACAGAGUGCAGGGAGGAAAAGACUGAGAGGUCAAACACAGGCCGAUACCAAUGUCGAUAAUUACAGAGGAGGUCCGCCGAUGACUGAUAUAUGAUGGCAAUAUUAAAUCUAAAUGAUAACAGUUGACUUAUAUUCCACCUUUAAAUAAAAAAAGACAUACAGCCUGUUGAAUACAGGAUGUGGACCAUCCUUCAUAGCUUCCAUAUGUCUGCUCUGCUACAGUUCUACCCAGAGUCUGGACUUUACAGUAAAUAUGCCACCUCAUUUACCCAGAAAUAAACCUUUGAGAGUAGGUCUCCCUCGCUCAGGUCUCUAUAAUAAAGCUUUUAUUUUAGCUUUUACAGCUGUGCUGCACACCACCACUCUAUAAUUCUCACUGGCACACACACAGAGAGGCUAAGACGCGUAGCUAACCAAGCGCUGCAAAGCUAGAAUAUCCUCUAGAGUGGCAUCAUGUCUGCACAUAGCGCUAAACUGAGUGUGUGUGUGGAUUAUACAUGCCUUUUUUGCAGACUGAAUCGAGGGCUGUUCCCAGAUUGACCCUGAGAAAUCACGUUGCUGUAUUGCGUGUGUGCAUGUCUAACUUAAUGCGUUUGUGUGUCACAGGGGUCCCUUCAGCGUGGUGAGGCGCUGCAUCAACAGGGACACGGGCCAGCAGUUUGCCGUAAAGAUCGUGGACGUGGCCAGCUUCACCUCCAGCCCUGGACUCAGCACAGAAGGUGAGAAAAACACCGACCCGCUUGGAACUGUUGCUUCUGAUUAAAUCUUGGAGCUGUUUGUUGUUGUGCUCUUGCAGCGCCAGAUGGGUGGGGUUAACGCAGCCAGGAGAGGGGAUAGUAGUCAGGGAUGUUGUCAAUCACAGAGACUUAUUCUUUUAGACAGACUUAAUUAAGUUUGAAUCCCUCCUGAGUUGUUUUUGAAAUUUUACACCCACAUUUUCAUCUCCAAACGCUUCAAAAUAAAAAGUUUAGAUUACUCAAAGCGCACUUCCAGCAUUCAGGGUCAAUCUUGCAGGAAUAAUGCAGAUGGAUGUGCAAAAACAACAUUUGUUCGCUCGGAUGUGUAUAUUUGUAGUGGUGAUUUUGAAUCAUCUCACCAUGUGGUUCAGUGCUUUGUCAUGCUGCGGUCUGCAUGUGUGUGCGUGUGUGUCUGUAAUCGAGAAAUGGAGACACAUCCUAGGUGUGUGUGUGUUGGUGCUAAUGUUGGCGUUCACUUUGUGCCAUCUGCGAUGCCCCAGUCAGAGAUUAGCCUGGCAGCCAAUAACAGCAAGACAAGGAAAUGACCCAAUGGAGGAGAAACCGUUGCACCAGUGUCUCCCCCCAAAAUGUCCUAAAUAUGACUGUGAAAUCACAUCCCUGUGACUUUAUUUAUCUUCUUUAAACACCUGAGUGGGCUUGAUUUAUGACGUAUUCACUUUACAGCUUGAUUCAACCUGGGGUAAGAUGUAAAAUGUAGCUUUCCUGCAGAAUAUGUGGUAACCAGAUGGACGUAGAAGUCAUUAAAUAAAUAAUGGAAACAUUCCUAAAACGGAAAUAGACUCAGGACUCAGCUGACAAUAAUACGGCACAGUAGGCUUAGUCCAAACAUAACAGCGCAUGAGUAUCAUGCAGCCUGUUCAGACGGGUGUAUAGCUUUUUUUUUUUUUUUCUCGGGGAUUUUAUGUUGAAUUAAAAAGACAUCCCCUCUAUUUGGGAUGUGCAUGAUGAGUUGAUGUCACAUUUAAAUGUAGCAGCAGUGUAGUGUCCCACAGAAAGACAGGAUACCUGCAGCAGUAAAUUCCCCUGUGCCCCUCCCACACACACACCCACACCUGCAGCUUUACUCUCAUUAUGCACACAGCAGUGUCCCGGCUGUUUUCCUUCUCUUUGUCUGAUUUUUUUUUUUUUUUUUGCACAGCAUUCAUUUAUAAAGACCUCCAAAUAACACAGCUCACGUUUUGUAAUCUUUCACUCGGUAUUCUGUGAAAGAGGGAGUGCCCAGGAAUUAUCCAAAAUGACGACGGCAGCAUCCCGUGGGGCCUAACGUUAAACACAAUAGUAUGAAAACAUCAGAGGUUCCUCACUGCCGUAUUACAGACAAGAGGUCCUGACGGAGAGGAUCACCUGCAGAGCAUGGGUUAGCCGCUGCAGGUUCUCAAGUGCAUGGGUCAGAGAAAUGCAGGUUUUUCUUUCAUUUUUGCUUCUUAAUACACUUGAAAAUUAUCCCAAGUAGCAAGUAGGGCUGGGCGACAAAUAAAAUUAAAAAAAGUUUAUCACUAUAUAUUUUUUUCACAUCAGUCAAUAUCGAUUAGCAAAAAAAAAUCACUUAUCAAUCUUAAAUGUUUCCUGGUACUCUUAAAUGAAAUUUAACAUGUUAUUGACAUAAUUUGCAGUGUAAACUACUGUCAUUCAUGUCCAACCUCAAAAAAACAAAAUACCUCCCAAUACCUCCUCAAGCUUAUACACGGUGUAUAUAGCAAGUAGCAUUAGUAGCAUUAUUAUCAGUGCGGCACUAAUAAUCUCUACUCGUGCUGUGUGAGCACAACAACACACAACGUUAUUUUUGACUUGUUAUGAGUCAUCAACGAGCGCAUCAAAUCCUGUCAGACCCUCUUCCACUAACGUGAAGGGUAACGUUUAAGCUUAUACACGGUCUGUAUAGCGAGUAGCGCGGGUAACAUAUCGUGAAUGUAACAGUGUAGCUCCUGGAGCGGCAAGAGAGUGGAGGUAACAACGACCUCCCCUGCCACAGCUGAAAAAAGUUCUAGGGGAAACACUGCCUCUACACCACCGACGUUUUAGUGCCAGUGUUGUCGAUGAUGUCAUCAUCUGUUGAGCCUUUCCCAGCCUUUCUGAACUCUUUUUUUUUUUUUGUCAGCUUCACCUGCUACUACACCGUUGUUUGCUACUUGGUUCUAAUUCAGCACAUGAUUGGUUCAGCGCAAAGCAGACCCAGAGCAACUCCCCUUUUUAUUCGCUGUUUGUAUAGUUUAACAAAACAUGGCAGAAUUCCAGCUAUCGAAAAGCAUAUUGACCAUGUUUUAUAUCAGUAUCGAGUGAAAUUAAUUUUUGUUUGUAUCGUUUUAUCACCCAGCCCUCAUAGUAAGUUACUGAAAUGCCUGAUAAUUAAUUACUGCUUAUUGUCUUGAGGCUUAAAGAAAAAUUAAUUAGCUCUGCAAGUUAGCUCUCUUUUCUUUGUGUUAUCAGUGUUGCAGCUUUUUAAUAACCUUGUGCGUCAGUUGAGUGAAAACAUUAAAAAAAAACAGCAAUACUUCCUCAGCCCAGAUUACGUUUUGUGCAUUUCUUGAGAUUAAGUAAUGAAAAGACAGAAAUUAGACUUUACACUUCACUUGAAUUUUGACUGUUUUGAACAUGCAUCUCGGUGAAAACAUAAAACCUCAACACAAAGUCGAAGUUCCCAUCACGACUCCUCUAACCUGGAGUUUCACCUAACCAAUGAGUCUCUCCACUGACUCCCACAUUUCUGACAUUUCGAGAUCAGGAAUGAGUGCGGGGCAAAGUAGAGAACUGGAGUGCAGCCAGACACGGAGAGUGCUUUCCUGAGACCACAUAGCUUAUUAAAAAGAAUAUACAUCAGCACAAAUGUGAGGGGGAAAGAGACUGAACCGCUACCAGCUACCAGUAACAAAUACCUGCAUUUAUGUAUGAAUAUGUUGGUGUCUGUAUGAGCUUGUGAGGGAGUUGUUGGACGUGUAAAUGAUUAAUGGUGUAAUUAAGAGUCUGGGAGUAUUGAACAAAAACAGACUGAGCGAGUGUCUGGCUUUUUAGAUGGAUGAAUAAAGAGAACAAGCUGGUGAGCGCUCUCAAUCAACACUGUGGCUUUGUUCUCUGUUGAAUUACAGAGAAAAAUUACAAUACAGCACUUUUCAGUAUUAUUAAGGAGAUGUGCGGUGACGGUUUAGGUAAUGAUCACAGAUUGAGGAUGUAUUUCAUCGAACUAGCACUUGAACACAACACAACGUUAAACCAAUCUAGCUAGUAAUCGCUGCAGCCUCUCUGUUGUGAUCCUUACUAGGGCCCGUUUGAGACUAAUCGGUAAUUGGCCAAAACUCGCAGAUUUUCGCCGAUAUUUUCAGAAAUAAAGUGCGGAGAAUAAGAUUCGGUUUAACUUCGAAAAUAUUCAGAUAUUUGAAAAGUUCCCCGACUUAUCCUGUUGAUGGCGCAGCGACCUCAUGACAAUCUUCAUCCACUAACUACCUCACAGCACAGCAGAGUGACGGAUCAGAAGCAGGCAGCUCAGGGACGCAUGGAGGACAGUGGUCCGCCUCAAUGGUAAAUAAACUACUUAAUGAAGUACACAAUAAGUCAACAAGUUUCAGUACGAUGUUCCCCGCUGUGCUGGUCUCGGUCACGCCAAGUUCACGGUAAAGCCCUAUGUAAUAUGCAAGCUAAAGUUAGAGUUAGCCACCUGCUAUUAACCUUGCUACACUGUUAGCCGUGCCAGUAACGGUGGAAUAAACAACAGUACACAUUACGUGAUCGAGCUACUUCUCUUACUGAGGCAGCUGCAUGUCUCCAGAUGAGACCGGACCGGAAAUGUGUAACGUGAGUAGUUGAAAACCCUUUUUUGGUCUGAGGUUGAUCAGUCGGUCUUCCUGUCGGCGUGAAGAGCAGUAGCUUACAGUAUAUCUACAGUAUAUUUAUUUUUUUUAUUACUUCAUAAAAAAAUUUUAAAAAUCGGACGAUUUAUCGGAAAUCAUAUUUUUUUCCCCCCUAGUAAUUGGUAUUGGCAUCGGCCCAAAAAAUUCCAUAUCGGUCGGGCCCUAAUCCUUACCCCGUCCCUUGGCUUUUCAGACACAAACACCUGUCUCCUUCUGCUCCUCUCCCCGCCCUCCUCUCUCCACCUGUGGCUGCAUGAUAGUUUGUACUGCUGCUGCAAAUGUUGACCAGGAUUUAAUACACAGUUGCACACCAUUAUGAGUUCGUAAUGAUGACAUAAAAGUGCAAAGUGAGCGAGACACGGCGGGCUGCACAGUCUUGAUUAUCAUUGUUUUAUGAGCGUGGGGAGCUGUAAUUUGAACUCGAGAUUAAAACACAAUUAAUCGUCCGACUCUUGCUCAUUGCAUUUUUAUUGCAUGGACUCAGUGCUGGAAGUGGAGGCGUAAAGGUACAUCCCUUAAUGCAAGAUGACUUCUACAAGUUCUUAAUUGUUUUAAAUAAAGACAAAUACAUACGAUUUCAAAACUGAGAAUCAAUCUGAAAGUUUUCGACCUUCACCCCUAUCAUGAAGCCCCCUUUCCAUGUCAUAGCAUGAAGCAAAUCUCUAGUGGAUUUCAAAGGCACUGCAGCUUUUGGCGCCUCAGUUAUGAACACUGGAGGUUGCUGCUUGGAUAAAACAUGAUAUCUGAAUGACUGUAGAUAAAAGAUGUUGUAAUAGUGGCACGUGCAGUGACUCAAAUUUGAAGGGAAAUCCUUCCACGGCGUUAUGCUAUUUUUAAAUCAUGAUGUAAGUCCGCAGGUAGCUUCUCAAAAUCUCAGUCGGGCCUCUGAAUUAUCUUUGUUUACAUCCUGAGCUGAACAGCAUUCAUGUGUUGGUCUUUAUUUUGGAUUUUUUUCCUCUGAUCUCUCUAUGAGUCACAGUCAUAAAGAGUGUGUUAAACUGAGUGAAAUUAUUCCACAUCACGUCACAAAGCAGAGUUUAGCCCCCGACUUGAUCUUGAUCCUGGAACCAGCCGAGUGAGUGGCAUUGGUUUCAUUCAGACAGCUCCCCGGCCUUCCUCUGUUUGAGCCUCGUCCUCGUUGCCGUGCCGACACUGGGCAGCAUUGUUAAAUUUGAGAAUGGAUACUCGAUGAGACGGGCCGGGGACGAGCGUAAAGAGGAGAGGAAUAAUGAAAGCAAAGGAACAGCAGAAUGGGGGCUCUGUAGUAGGGACACAGCGUCGUUUCUCUGUGUUGCAUAAUGAUACUGGUCUGUCACGACACUAUGAGCGCACACACACACACUCACACACACACACACAGAUCAGUAGACUUGCAGAUGGGGAGUGGAGUGUGUAAAUGAGGUUUUUAUGGAGUGAGGAGCUCAACAACUGCACAUUAUGUCUGUCUGCUUCCUCAGCGCUCUCCGUCUUAUCGCUGGUCUGGCCUGUCGUCGGUCAUUACAUUCAAUAUUGUCUUUUCAAAGAGACAACAACACUGUAUGUCCCCUUUAGUGCCGUUUCCCUUAAUGAGGCAAUCCAAACAGAAGGAAUGGCGGUGUCAUGUUUGUAAUUGUAUUUGCAGUGUCGUCUGCAUGUGGUGAUAAUUAGAGGGGCUUGUGUUGAUGAGUGUGAGCCAGAUGUGCAGUUAUGUGUUGCAAUUAAAAGCGGAUCCUUGUGCCGAUGCAUCUUGUGGAGCAGAACACUCCCCUCAGUGUCUCCACAGAAUUGAGUCCCUGUGUGCGUUCAUGCUCUGUGGCUCCCUCUGGUGGGGAAGUAGAAGGGUGUUCGAGGAGGAGGGAGGCACUCUGUGUUAGUUUGUGUCAGUAUUUAGUUCUGGCCUUGAAGAACCAUUCUACACAGGUCCACACUCGUCUCUUACCUAGAUUUUUUUGUGAUAUAUGUAGCAGGAAAAAGAAAAUAUUGGAAUAUUGAAUGUUUUCAACUAGAGAUGCACCAAUCCCUUUUUUUCUGAUCCAAUCCAAUACCAAUACCGAUACCCGGGCUGAUAUCCGAUACCAAUCCAAUACUACUGUUGAAUGAAUGGACUGUAUACCUUGCCAUGUGAGUGAAGGCAUCAGGUUUUGACAUUAGCCUUGUAAAGAAAAAUAGUAACACAGAUAUAAAUUUACUUAAUAUUAUUUAUUAACACAUAACAAAUUGCUUUCUCCAGGUCGGAGGGUGGUCCUGCCUCAAGUGGAGGAGUUCAGGUAUCUCGGGAGCUUGUUCGGAGCUCAACCGAUCAGUCGUGGUGAAGAAAGAGCUUAGCCGUAAGGCGAGACUCUUGAUUUACCGGUCGAUCUAGGUGCCGACCCCUCACCUAUGGCCAUGAACUUUGGGUAAUGACUGAAAGAACAAGAUCGCGGAUACAAGCGGCUGAAAUGGGUUUCCUUCGCAGGGUGGCCGGGCUCAGCCUUAGAGACAGGGAAAGGAGCUCAGACACUCGGGAGGCGCUCAGAGUAGAACCGCUGGUCCUCCACAUCGAGAGGAGUCCGCUGAGGUGGCUCGGGCAUUUGGUUAGGAUGCCUUCCAGACGCCUUCCGUUAGAGGUGUUCUGGACAUGUCCCACCGGGAGGAGACCUCGAGGCCGGCCCAGGACCAGGCGGAGGGAGUAUAUCUCUCGCCUGGCCUUGGAGCGCCUGGGAAUCCCCCCAGGAGGAGCUGGUGGAAGCGGCUGGGGUGAGGGCCGUCUGGGCUUCCCUCCUGAAGCUGCUGCCCCCGCGACCCGGACCCAGAUGAAGCAGAAGAAAACGGAUAGACAUACAAACAGACAUGCUGUAUAUCAAAUUAAUUAAAAGAAAAAAAAGACUGGAUCGGAACCCUGGAUCGGCGUCAUUCAUCAGAUAUCUGAUCCAGUGACUUUGUCAAUAUCGGCGCUGAUAUCCGAUCCAAAUAUCCGAUCCGUGCACCCCUAUAUUCAACAUUGUCCAGCCCUCGUCUGCACUUGUUUGCUUUGAAAGUCCCAUCCCUAAAACAAACUCAUUGGUUAAAGCAGCAGUUGACCUGCAGCUCCUGUUUUAUAAGAGCUUCAAAUCAUGCGUGUUUUGAAAGCUCUCUUCACACUGAUGGUGUGUGCAGCCGUUUCAGUCUAUUUUCGUCGUACUUCACAACUCACCGUGAGAAAAAGGAAAAGAACAGCCGCACAAUCAUUGUUGCGGUUAAUCAAACAGGGCGUUUCUAACACUUCUUUGUACUAAGUAUAUGCUCCUGAACCUGAACUUCCACCUCAUCUUUUCACAGCUCUGCAUGCUGCAUUCUAGAGGAAGCUGUAGCGUUUCCUCAGUGCUGACAUUUAGAGCCACAUUUGUUUAGAUCUGAUAGGACAUUGGGAGUGAUUCCUGCGGUGAGAUUUGUUGCAAAACAGUGAAACUUCUGAUGCAAGUGGAAACAUGAAGUGUUUAUGUGUGUUUGAAGAGAAUGCACAAACAUUCUAGGAAAUUAAAGGCAUAAUUUAGGUAGUUUUGCAAUGUAAUGCAUGCUUUUGUGCAAAUUGCAUCCUAUUAUAUCAACAGUAAUUUCUGUUUGGGUAUAAUUUCUGCAGCAAAACUGCUUUUAAAAUUUACCUUUUAAGAGAAACUCUAGCUUUUGGCAUUUGGUGAUUGCAUCAUUUCGGUAAACCCUCUUGGUAAAUUGUGGUCUAAGCAGCGUGCAGAGGAUAAAUCAUCAUGUAAUGGUUUUUGUUUGCAGCUGUAUUGCAGGUUUUUAGACUUUUCUGGAGCUUGUUUUUUUCCCCUGUGGAUCCAUGCUUCACAAACUUCAAGAAUCAUGAGGGUUACCAACAUCUCCCCUUGUAACUGUUCACCGGAAUUAAAUUCACCCUCAAAUGAAAUCCUUCCUGUUGGAUGUGAACUUUGUCUGUGUUCUGCUUCCAGAUCUGAAGCGAGAGGCCAGCAUCUGCCACAUGCUCAAACACCCCCACAUCGUGGAGCUCCUGGAGACAUACAGCUCUGAUGGCAUGCUCUACAUGGUCUUUGAAUUGUGAGUACUUCACCAGCCGUGAUGCAUUACACGUGCAUGAGUGCAUUUUACAUUUCACGUUAAUUUAGAGUUCCCAGAAUCUCAUUUUGGUCCUUAACCAGGCCAGGACAGCUGUUUUAUCCACCACAGAGAAUUGGGUUCACUCCCAUUACCAGUUUCUGUUUUCUUUAAAUGCUUUGUUUAUUUUAAAGGUUUGAAAACAACAUAUAGGUGGUUUGUGGGCCACCUGAAGUGCCUGAAAUGUAGGCCGCUCUAACAGCUACGUACUAAAUUUAACGGCACAGAGCAGCAGGUUGCUGCUGCUUAUUUCACACCCUCUCACUAACACUACCAGCCCCCUCAUCUAAGUGGUUACAGACUUAUUAAGGCUCUUAACUGAAGCAAAAAUGUGCACCGUGUAAGGUAUUAAAGCUCAAACAGUCAACAUUGGAGUCGUUUCGGUUUACAGCAGCAGCUGUGCUAGAGCAAAAUAUCAAGUGUUGAUGUUACGCAGGGGAAAAUAGCUGAUUUAAAACACUGAGGAGAGUGUUUUGCAAUGUCUGGUAAUGUCUUAAAGGUCCACGUAAAAUAUUCACCGCUUUGUCACGUCUUUCGCCAUGGUAACUGUCGCUGAGGAUCAUGGGAAGGCCAAUGUAGCGUCCAUGUAGCCUCAAAACAGGCGCCCCCAAAAUCAAUAAUUGUAAAUAAGAUUUAUUAUUUUGUUUUUGUUUCCAUCUCUAUUAUAUAUUCUGUUUUGAACUGAAAAAUACGAAAACAAACACUAAUGUUUUUAUUUUUUUGGUUAUACAGAAAAAAAUAUAUAUAUAUAUUGACUCGUUUUUUUGUUUUUCGUUUACUAGAUUGAAUGGAAUAAUUGAAUGACCAUAAAUUUGACUGUCAAAAGUCACAACAGUGAGAUAUUUUAUCAGAAGGACAAGAUAAACUAAGACUACUUUGUCCAAGGGGCCGCCAAAAUGAACAGAAAACAAAAGAUCAUCACUGGUGCUUUAAAAAAGAAAAGAACAUGCAUUGAUUCCUCGGUGUAUAAUGCUGAUUCUGCACCAGAUUCUUACAGGUUUCUCGCAGGAUGAAACUGAGCGAAGUGUUUGUUUAUACAGGCCGUAAAGUCAAACUCAGCCAACAGUGAAUCAGCUGAUCUUGACGCCAGCUCAUAUCAGCUGACAGCUCGGCCAUUUUCUUUCUACGCACUCAGUUGGCAAAUGUCAAAACAGGCGUUCGAUUUAAACUGCUUUAUCUUGCCUGCUCUUCCUGUGUCACCCGCAAACCACCGUACCAUCCUGCAACCUUUGCGCUUCCUUUUUGAUGCCGUCUCUUAUUUUGCCACCGGCGUAUGUCACUGAUGUCUGCUUUGGUCUGUACCCCGAGGAUCUUUGCUGCUGCUCUUCCUGCCUCGGCCUUUCAUGUACACCCGUGAAAAAAAAACAGCGGUCCUGACUGUAAUCUAGUGUUUAAAUAUUUUCCAUUUGUUUCAGUAAACCAGUGGUUCUCAAAUCCAGUCCUCGAGCCCCCCUAUCCUGCAUGUUUUGGAUGUUUCCCUGCUCCAUCACACCUGAUUCAAAUGAUUAGCUCGUUAGUAAGCCAUCUCAGAGUUUGAUAACGAGCUGAUCAUUUGAAUCAGGUGUGUUGGAGCAGGGAAACAUCCAAAACAUGCAGGACGAUGAAGAAAAAUGAAUGAAAUGAAAUUUAUUUUUGAACAUGAGAAUCAACAAGGAAGCAUUUUUCACACAGUAUUUCUCACAAAAAAUCAAUGAAAUUAAAUGUUUCUACAUCCUCAAAAAAGGAGAAAGAAGAAGCUAACUUAUGUUUACCUUCCCCUUUCCCCUUCCCCUUCUCUGUGCAAAUCACUUUUGCACAGAAAAUAUUUUUUGCCUAAUUACACAGCGAUGAUCUGAACAUGUUGUGAUCUAAAGCAUCACUGUUCAAUAUAAAAAUCCACAGGAGAUGGUUUCAGAACGAGACAACGGCUCUCUGCCGCUCUCCCCCCCCAGCUAAUGUAGUAAAUGUAAUUUUUUAAUCAACUCGUCUGCUUAAUUAGUUCCCUCUGUGUGGAGUUUAUGGUGUAAAUCUGUAUCCCAUAUCCUCCUGAAAGCCUCCCUCAGGGAUCUGACUGCCUCUCAAGUGCUGUAAUGAAAAUAUAAUGCCUCCGUGUUUAUGCAGUGACAGCAGGUUGUAAAGCCACUCCUGACAGGCGUGGAUUGAUACACUCUGUUUGGAAGUUGUCAUUGUUCAUCUGCUUUUUCUGUGAAUUGCUUUCUGUAAAUCACCACGCUGGCUUCCCCUUUCUCUGAUAUCUCCUUCCUCUCUUUCCUCGCAGUAUGGACGGAGCCGACCUGUGUUUUGAAAUCGUGAAGAGAGCUGAUGCUGGGUUCGUGUACAGCGAAGCAGUAGCAAGGUAAACCUCAAUGCAGAACGUCGAAAGAUAAUGAAACUUGAAUUAAUAAACAAUUAACGACUCGUAACAAUCUGCCCUUUGCCUGUUUGUGCAUCCAGCCACUACAUGAGGCAGAUUUUGGAGGCACUUCGGUACUGCCAUGACAACAACGUGAUUCAUCGUGACGUAAAGGUGAGCUUUUUUUCUCCCUGUAACCAGAAAAUGAGUCACUCAAGGGUUCCCAAAAGUUCGGACGAUUUAAUUUCAGUUAUGAGCAAGCCUGAAUAGAUUUAAAAAAGGAACAGAGUAUGUCAAUAUUUGCUGUUUUUCAAAUACACAGCAUUUAAAAAAAAACCUGAAUAUCCAGCUUGUCUGAACAGUAAUGACUUCAGCAGUGAUGUUUCCUAAAUGGGAAAGUUAAUGAAGCGUCUUUUCUUUGUGGCUGCAGUCAUCGCUGUUUUUAUCGAAUAAAUAAGGCUGCACAAAUAUUGUUCAAAUUGAGUCGUUGCACUUUUUUUUUCCAACUCAUUAUUUUUGAUUUUAAAGAAUGAAAAGAUUCUGAAAAUGUAGGAAAAACAAUUUAUUCAACAGAAAAACAUCCAGGUAGAUCUCUCAGACUCUGACAAUAGCAUCUUUAUCUUUUCAAUAUAAAAGCCUGACAGCCCUGAUGAUACACAGUCAGAAUGUGGCAAACACUUUGUAUUUUGAAUCCUGAGUAGUAAGCAGUUCAGAGUCAUGCAGGGUUGCAAAUGAACCGUUUUUCUAACAAUAAGAAUGUCAGAGUAUUGCCCGUGUUGUGCCUCCAGUAACAUCUGUCCCACUGGACUCACAGUGAACUUGUUUCACAGCAGAGCCCUUCGAAAUCUUUCAGCGACACUCUUUGAUAACUGUAAACCGUCUUUGCUGCUUGUGUUGUAUCUGCAUUCACCACAUCAACAACACCAACUUCCGAGGUUACAGUUUCUGCAACAUCAGGGCGGCUUACAAAAGAAACCCCUCAAUGUUCGCUCCUCUGCUGUUGUGAAAGCUCUUUGUCAUGUGACAAUGAAGCGCAGUGAAAGGGAGCGAUUGAAGGCUAAAAUUAACUAUUCGAUUAUCAGUGUUGAAAGCCGAGAUUGUCAAAGGGAUAUGUGAUUGGUUAUGUAAGCGUUAGAUUGAACAGUGCAGAAAAAAAUCAAACGAUUUUUAAAAUCUGAACCGAUUUUGAAAAUGUCAGAGACCACACACACGACAACAAAUAAUGACAGAAUGAAAAAGUUUGUUCCUUGAGUGUGUGGUGUGCAACAAUGUGAUGAACGCAGCACGCCACGCACUUGAAGACUACUUUCGCCAGCAGUGAGUGGAUUCUGUAUUUCUGACACCCAUCUUUGUUUAUGCUAUUAUUGCCAUGGUUGCAUUUGUUGUGUUUCCAGCUUUGGUCGGCUCACUUUUUUAUUGGCCAUUGAAUUGUUCCACAUGAAAGUGGACACUGUGCUCGAUCAGCUUGCAGAUUCCCACUCACAGAAGGAUUGCGGGUCAUGAAUAUUGAACAUUUUUAGUAUUUAUAAUUCUAAGUUGGGGCGCUCCGAUCGCCUUCUGCCCAGAUCAUAGUAGAAAAAUCGCUUCUCGCACAACUCACACCACCACAGGAUAAUCUGGUGGGGGGACUGAGGCCCCAAAUCAGCCCCGCUUUAGUGUCGCUCUUGAUACACUUUAAGAAAACUGGUAUAACUAAUCAAUCAGCAGUCAUUGUAUUGCCAAACAUUUCACUGUAAAAUGGAAAAAAAAAGGUUGCACCACAACUAUUGUUUGAAUGGAUUUCAGAGAUGCACAGAUCAAAUUGUGGGAGUUAAACUGACCAAAAUAGUUGCAGUUUGGUGCCCUGUGACGUCAAACAUCUCUGGAAAAUUUGCAGGAAAAGAAAGAAAAUGUGCAGGAAUCUUGAAUUUAUUUAAAACAAAUCAACUUAAAUCGGUAGAAUCUUAAUUAGAGCAGGUUGCAUUCAAGCUAAGCGGUGAACCGCCUUUGUGGUAAUGAAGACCCAGAUUUAAUAACCUUCAAGCCUCAGGAGCUCUCAAGGAAAACACAGCCUUACUGCUCACUGUUGACAUGAAAAGCUGCAGACGUCAUCAGCUACGACACUUGCAUGUGACUCAUUGGCUAACACCUUUUACAGAUGUAGUAUAUGUAGAAUUAAAGAGACAAACAGGAUAAGGGUGCAUGCCAAAAUGAUUGCCCUUAUUUUUUAAGCUGGUCGAUGAACUGUUUGUUGAAUAUAUUGGAAAAAAGUACAAAAAAAAAAUUCUCACAAACAACAAGUCUUCUGAAGAUUAUCCAUAUAUUUAAGGACAAGGCAGAAACAGUUAUUGUGAGAAGUUUGAGCUUUUAAAUGUUUGACAAUUUAGUUCAAAAACUAGAAAAGUUGGAGUUUCAAUUCUACCGCUCAGUAGAUAAAUACACCAAAACACGCAGAUUUGUUUCAGUCAAACCAGAGAUUGAGUCACGGGGUUUGGUGCAUUGUACUCUUAGAUUUAUAUUAGAUCAGGUUAUAGAGCCAAACUUGAUGAAUACUUAUGAGACGCAAAAAAAAAACAUCUUUUCUAUGUUGAAAAAAGGAAAUCUGUGUCAGUCUGGUAGCAUCUGUUGAAAACAGGAACAAUUAAGUGUUUUAGUGUGGUAUUUGUCAGGACUCCCAGCUUGAAACCAGGACAAUCCUGUACAAACACUGACGUCUGGUCACCGUAGAUUAGCAUCAACCAGUGAUUCAGCAGGAUUAGCUAUCGCACACAGGCGACAAACACUACCACACCAGAUGGAGCAGUCCUGAACCAGGCCCUUGAUCCACACACACCAGUCUUUUAACGACACACUCCCCAAAGGGAUAAACACGGCCUUGUUUUCAGCGUAAACUAAUAGCUCUGUGUGCUGGUGGGUCACACUUGGGUAAAAUGCUGACUGGUGUUUGUGGCAGAUGGGUGGUUUUCAACACGGUUCAAGUUAAUUCUGCAGUUGACUGGUUUAUGGUAACCAUCCUAAUGCAACACUCCUGCGUGUGAACAAACACAGAUGACAUUUGUGGUGUGGUGUGGUUUUAGCAGUAUGUUUAACUAGAAAUGAAGAUGAGGCUGCAUGCGGUCUCAACGAAAACCACCUCACUCCAAUAUUCACACCGCUGAGGAGGGCCAGCUUUGCCUACUGAAGCCACACUCUGCAAACCAGUUUAGCCUUGAAUACUAGCAGACCUGGUGAUCCUGUAUUUACUUAACAGCUAGGAAAUCACAUUUAUGGCAAAUGUAGACAUGCAUCUGCAGUAGUCCACUAGUUAAAUGACUGUUUCCUUCAGUGCAUUCUGGUGGCCUUGAAGAGAGCAAUGUUGUGUCUUCUCAGACUCAACUGAUUUUUCGCUCUAUCAUUCAGGCGUUGAUGUCCGGAACUUGUUUUUGCAAACAUACAAAGGAUGCGGUGAUUAUAUUUAUUUAUUAUUUCAACAAAAAAAGUAGAGAUAUGCAUAAAUGCUUUGCACAACUUAACAGAAACUUGCAACCUGUUCAGACAAAAUGUAAAAAGUCAAAUGUUUCUGGUGUUCGUGCUUUUGUUACUGUCUACCAGUAGGCGGCAGUGUUGUCAGCCCUGUGCGAUGGAGGUUGGGGUUGACGUUGCAGAUACUUGCUCUGGGGGUGUUGAACUCAGAGUUGGGUAAAAUCAUGGGCAUAGACGCUCGUCUGAAGUCCGCCGUGGAGCUGUUCGAUGUCGCGUCGUUCAGGAAGACCAGCCGCUGGCCGAGUCGAUGUCCGAGCGCUUGCAAGGCGGUUUUGCGCACCGUGCCUGACAGCAGAAAGUACAUGACAGGAUCCAGACAGCUGUUGAAAGCGGACAGUAACAGCAUCACUUCAUUGGUGCGAUCCACUAGCUGUAAGUAGUCACAGGAUACUGAUCCGCUGAGCUGUGAGAGGAUGUAGACGGGGCGGAAGGCGUGAUACGGUCCGAAGCAGACUGUGAAAAGGAAGAGGACAAAGAAGGACUUCUUAGCAGUUCUUCCAUAUUUCUGCGCAUUUGGGAGGUCCGGCUUGUCCCUGGAGACCCUCAGCAGCUGGGAAGCAAUCUUAACGUAAGAGACGACCAGCAUGAUGAAGACGAGCCAGAACAGCACCACCAGCACUGCGUUGAAGUAGGCCUUUCCUUUGGCUCCCCCGCGGCGCUGCUUGUACUGGAAGCACUGGUCACUUUUCUCUUUGUCCUCUGCGGCGGCGAUCAUUGGCACCAGCCCCAUCAAUGACAGACCCCACAGAGCCCCACAUGCCACCCAGCUCCAGGGCAAGCUGUACCCCCACAACGUCAUCCUCAUGCCUCUGCGCGCCCUCCCUUUCCCCCUCAGUCGCAGGAAUCUGUCCAGGCUGAUGAACCCCAGCAACGUGAUACUGAUGUACAUGUUCAUGUAAAACAGGUUCCCCACUAUCUUACAGGCCACAGAACCGAGCAACCACUUGUCCCCGUUUAAGUGGUAGAAAACUCUGAAGGGCAGACAUGCCAGCAGGACCAGAUCAGCCACAGCACAGUUGAUGAGAAAUACCCGCACAGAGUUGCGGCUUGAGUGUAGGAAGAGGAAAACCCACAAGGCGAAGAGAUUCCCCACGAGCCCAAAGAGGAAGAACAGAGAGUACAUGACUGCCAGAGGGAGACGCAGGGCUGGGUCAUCAAAGGAGCAAGUAUGGUUUGAGGAGACUGCUGAGGAGGAGGAGAUGGAGGUGGCAGAGAGGAAGGGCGUCAUCGUGACAGGAAGAGAGGUGCUGUGUGAUGAAGGGGCUGAAAGAUUUAAGGAGGCAGAGGUGGCCAUUGUCUCUGAAAAAGACAAAAAAAAAAACACCAGGUGUCAUCAAAAUAGCUGAAGUGAAGUCAAAAUAAUCAUAAAUAAAGAAAAUACAAUUUGAAAAAGUUUACUGCAAAAACAUUCUAUAUUUAAAGGCUAUAAACAGAAGACAAACUUCAACAAAUCACAUCACAACAAGCAUAAAUACUAAUAACACUAUUUCUAAUGCAAAUGAAUUUAUCAAGAAAGACCUCAGCCUUUAAAAUGAAUUUUUAACUAAGACUAAUUAAUAUUGAUGACCUUGAAAAAUUUGACUCAACCUUUAAAAAAACAGAGGAAAGUUCUUUAGAAAGUUUGAAACCAGAGGUGGAGGUGGGUGUCAGACUAAGUUUUCACAUUUCACUGUUAUAGACUUUCAGUCAGUGAUUCCUAUGAGUGUUUGAAAGUCUUUCAAUUAUACUUGAAGAGCGUUUUUCACUUUUACAUGGCUGUAAAAUUUUGGAGGGUAAAGUCACAAGUUUUUCAGAAUGAAGUCACAAUAAUAUUUAAAUAGGAUAAAAAAUUAACUUUGGUAAUGUCACAAAUUAACCAGGAUAAUGUCACAAAUUUACCAGGAUAAUGUCACAAAUUUACCAGGAUAAAAUCACAAAUUAACUAGGAUAAAUUCACAAAUCGUUCAGAAUAAAGUCACAAAUUUACAAGGAUAAAGUCACAAAUUUACCAGGAUAAAGUCACAAAUUAACUAGGAUAAAUUCACAAAUCGUUCAGAAUAAAGUCACAAAUUUACAAGGAUAAUGUCACAAAUUUACCAGGAUAAAGUCACAAAUUUACCAGGAUAAAGUCACAAAUUAACCAGGACAAAAUAAACAUUUUUACGAUAAUAAUAAUAAAAACAGUUUAUCAGAACAAAUUUCCAAAUUUACUAGGAUACCAUCAAAAGUUUACCAUUGAAUUUCAUUUAUUUCCAGCAGCUCAGACCUUGAUCACAUGGUAUGGAGCAAAAACAGAACAAACGAUACAGUUGAUAUUUUGAUAGCACAGCAUGGCUGCAGGUCAAUAAAUAUUUCUUCAGUAAUGAGUGGAAAUUCUUCAAAAAACCCCGAUUCACAGAUGCCCAAAGUGAAGCUGUUAUUUUCAGUGUAGGCGGCUGGCUGCCCCUCUGAUAUUCCUCUAAGAAUAUACUUCUCUGUCUACAUCACAUGCAGAUCAACCAUUACCCGAAAUGACUUGUGUCUCCAAAAUUUGCAUCUUUAGUCCUGUUACACUUCUGACUCACAUCCUUUAUGUUGUUAAUUCAUUAAUUUAUUAUAAAUUUAGAACCUAAAUUUCAUAAAUGUUUUGAGAUACAGCAGCAAGUGACAAACUUUCAGCUGAGGUUUAAGGGAUGUGACAUAUUUGAAGAAAACCCCAAGAAAUGUCACCGUGGUCAGCAAAAAUCCCAGCGUAGACUCUGUCCAAGCAUUUCUACAGCUGAGUUUGAGGACUUAAAUGUAAGAAAAGUCCAAGAAACCCACAGUGUGAAACUACCUUUACACACCUUGUGACACAGAGCUGUGAGUAAUAUGUGGGUUAAAGUUGUAAAGGCCACAUGUGUAAUACUCAGUGUGUAAUGGAAAUUAUAGUAAUUUAUGCUGCUGCCAUGUAAAAAGUGCAGCAUCGUACAAAAGAGCAGCUCCAGAAGUUAAAUAUCACGGUUCAAAGAUGACGUUUUUUUAAGAGCAGGAGAGAGAUUUAUUACUAAUUUAACAUUUCAUGCCUGUUGAGCACAUACAUUCCACUCCCAUGGUUUAACACUAAAGUGCGGAGUCGAAGUGUACAUGCACACUCACGUACACACUCAUACAGAGUGGGCGCUGCACACAGAUGUUUGGAUUAAGGCAGAAACACUCACCAUCAGUAUUCCGUCUUCUCUCAGCACAGCUGUAGUCUAGAUGUGCAGGGAGGUGUGACAGCAGAGCAGUCCUGUUUGUUAUUCUCCUCCAUUAAACUGUGAUAAAAAAUACAUUAUAAGGCUAAGAACUGGAGUUAUAUAACGCUGUCUUAACACUUAUUCUUCUACCUUCACCUUUCUCUCCUGUCACGGGAUGAGUCAUAAAUCCUGCGGACACCUCUCCACAGUGCCUGCUCCUCCUCGCCCUCCUCUCAGCUCUCUGUCCUCCUGUGUACCUUAGAUUGUUUCGUUCCUCCUCUUUAUUGAAAAGCUCUUUCUUACCCCUCUCUCUCUCUCUCUCUCACUCUCCUGCUCUUACUCACAAGUCUGUUCAGUCUGCUGGUCUUCUCGGCUCUGCUUCUUGUUUUCUCUCUCACUCUGCCUUGCCGUGAUCUGCCGUGCUCCACCUCCCCGAAUCACCACCAUUACGAGAAGAAGAAGAAUGUGGAGAGGAAGUGAGCCCACCACUGCAGAGCACACUCACACUCUCCUGAGUUCCUGCAUCUGUCACUUUGCACUCCCCCUUUGAGAUAAACUGCUUAACCUGAGUUAAAGCAGUUAGAUCUAGCAAGCGAGGAACUAUGUUUCCUAAAGUAUUGAUCAGCUUGUUUGCAUCCAGGAGAGACAGAUCCCUUCACUGCAUCUCAGAUUUUUUCAGUUUGUGUUAUAUGUGUCUGCAGAGGAAAUGACACUUUUUUAACUCAAGUUAAAAGACCAGAAAAGAAACUGAGAGACCACAGCCUGCAGGAUCAAAGAGUGAAGUCAUCUGAGGACACUAGUGCUCUUUGAGCCAUUAAAGUUUUAAGCACAGAGCGUUAAAUAGACUUUAAUAUUGAGAACAUCUAUUGAGUUACUUCACAGGCCCGCUCACAUAGAUUUUGUGUUUUAUGAACCACCUGUUCAAAUGUAGCCUCGGCUAAUGCUAUCCUGUGGGUUUACUAACUGCAGGGCACAGCAGAUAUUUUAUCGCCUCACCUCCCCUACAAUAUUAAUCCUGUAUGAAUAGGGCUCAAGAGGAAAAUCAGCGACAUCUCAUCUCAGUUUAAGGAGAAAGGGAUACCAGGGCAGACUUGGGUUUAACUGACAGGUGCAGCUCAGAAAAUCUCCAGAAUUUAUCACGCUUUCACAAAUGCAUCUCAUGUGGUCAGACCACUGUUGGUGGUGGCCACUUUGGAAAUGAUGACUCAGCCUAACUUUCGAUCAACCCAAAGGCUAGCGCAGAGGUGUCUUUUUACCUGGUCGCAAACAGCUUUACCUGCCCACCUGUCUGUCACCUUAGCUGUUCCUGGAAUAAUGCAAAUUGAUGCGUAACUCAAAACACAAACAGAUGUGUCAAACAGUUCGGCCUUGUCUCGUGGUAGUUGCAUCGGUCCUGAGCUCUUUGGUACCCUCUGAAUGCAAGCUCAGCACAUACGUCUCCAGCACCGUGUGGUCUCACAAGAGGACAGGAAGUGUUUAAACUUCUGCAAAGGUUGCUCAGGGGAUGGCAGAAAAUAUUUAACAAAUCCAGCUGUUUGACAUGCAGCCAGCCUGAAUGAUUUUAAUACAUUUUCAGGAGUGAAGUGCAUGUGUGAAAAGGGCUUUUGUCUCUCUGUCAGUCACAUUUGAAACCUUUUAUUUGACUGUCUAGCCUUCUGCUGAUCCCGCAGCCUCAGUUUGACUUUGCCAACCCUUUAUACUCCUUUUAAUUGUAUGUCAUUCCACAUUUAAGAAUUUGUGACCCACAUAUUGAAAAGAGCUGACAUGAAAAUUGCUCACGUAUUAAAGUAGAAUAUGCAAAGUUAUGCAGGCUGCAGACUCUCAGGUGUGAUUUCAGUUCAAUUUUUUUUGUGCUUAAUGUAUUUUUGCAUGCUCAGAGGCCGGAAAAGAUGUAAUGUAAAGACAGUCAAAUCCUCUCAUGAAGUAAAGGCUCUAAAUAGCAUCACACAUUAUUGGUUUGGCAGGAUUCAACUGACGCUAUUUCUCAUAAAAAGGAUGCAACUUAACAUCCUGCAUCGACUCUGUGGUGUAGGUCUUUGUCAGCGCUUAAAAUCGUGUGAUCACCACAGUCGUGCACCAUUAUCAUUUGCUUAUGUGUGACUAAAUCCUGUAGAAGGACGAGUUUCCUUCCUUUAGCAACAUUAAAGUGAAGACCUGUGGUUUUAGAUGUUCACAUGUUCUCGUCAGUGUGAAACUGAGGUUCGCUAACCAGCGAUGAAAAGAUGGGAUCUUGCACUCUUGCACAGAAAGCAAAGCAAAGCAAAGCUUGUCAAAUUCUCACUUUCUCUUUUUUCAGAUUAAAUGAUACUUCACUCUUCUUUAAAGCCUAUCUGCCUGAACCUAACAUAGUAGCAUCUGUUUGACCCGUCUCCUGUGUUCUCUCUGUAGCCUCACUGUGUGCUGCUGGCCUCAAAGGAAAACUCUGCUCCAGUCAAGCUGGGAGGAUUCGGAGUAGCAAUCCAGCUUGGAGAGUCCGGAUUAGUCGCUGGAGGUAAAGUUUGCACUUUUUUAACUUUAACAGGCAAAAAAACACCCAUGCAUACUCAUCUACUGUACACAUUUACUGCUUGCGAAGCAUUAGAUCAUCAGUUUAAGGAUGGAAAAUCCAUUAUCUAGAUUGGUAGCUCCUUUAAAGGUCCAUAUUUCACCUUGGCUGUGGAUCAGAGUUAGUAAGCGGUGUUCAGAGAAAACAUGUGACUGUGGUUUGAACAUGAGCAACAUCUCAGACCUGAGUAAGUGCUUUGCUUUGUGUUUACUCAAGCAAAUUCGAGUGGUUCCCACAGUCCAGAUGUGCACGUGCGACGGGUCAUUUUGUAGAAGUUCGGAGGCUUUGAAAGUAGCAAUGUCUUGUAAAGUUAGUCACUUUUAGUACCUCUUUCUGUCCCCUAAAAAGUGAGCUGUGUACAGGUGUGGAAGGUGCAGAGGGAUGUUUCACCCUGAGUAAGAACAAUCCAUGCUGGGUAUAAAGUCGCAAUAAUACUUUCAGAAGCUACACGGCUGCAUAAAAACUGCCUGUUGUGGACUCACUGAGUGUAACAAUAAUCAUCUGAUACCCAUAGUUGUAUGGAUUUAAUUCAUUAUACUGAAACAUCCUUUAGCUCAUAGCCUCGUAGGGCUUGGCGAUAUAGCCUCAAAUGAAUAUCACGAUAUAUUGAGCAGUGCACCUCGAUAACGAUAAAUGGACGAUAACUACUCCACUGCUCACCCCCUCCCACAUUAACUUUGUCUACUUCAGCCGCUACAACUUUUGAAUCGUCCUCCAUCUUCUUACCCGUCUUUCCCUCGUUGUUACAGACUGGAUGGGGUGGAGUUAGGGCUGGGCGAUAAAACGAUAAUGAUAUAUACAUUGAAAAUUAAUUUCCCUCUAUAUCAAUAUAAAACAUGGUCAAUAUGCUUUUUGAUAGUUGGCAUGCAGUAGCUUAUUGUUUCGCGAACGACAUGCUACCAGUGAGCACUGUUAAAUUUCAUUUAAGAGUAACAGGGAACAUUUAAUAUUGACAAGUGAUUUUUUUAAAUAUCAUUAUAUAUAUCGAUAUUGACUGAUAUGAAAAAAAAUACAUCACAAUGAACUUUUUCCCAUAUCGCCCAGCCCUAGGUGGAGUCAAGUCUCUGACGUAGGACAGCAUCUUAAAGGGACAUGAGAGCAUAGCCUACCUACACACAUCCAAAACCAACUUUCAUUUAUUUAUUUAUUUGUCACCGAAUAUAUUGGGCGAAAUGACGUUGAUUAUUGUCAUAAACUUGGAUAUCGGUAAAUUUUCAGUUUAUCGCCCAGCCCUAUAACCUCGUACCCCCAGCUCCAGCAUGCCGCCGCUCAUUUUGCGUGUUUGAUUGAUUCCCUCAGGUCGGGUGGGCACGCCCCACUUCAUGGCCCCUGAGGUGGUGAAAAGGGAGCCAUAUGGCAAACCUGUGGACGUGUGGGGAUGCGGAGUCAUCCUCUUCAUCCUUCUGUCUGGCUGCCUUCCUUUCUACGGCACUAAGGAGCGUCUGUUCGAGGCCAUCAUCAAAGGGAAAUACAAGGUAGGAGCAGAAUCAGCGCUUCAUCGUUUAUUUAAUUUAAAGUCGCAGACUUAACGACAUGGCCAGAUCAUUCUCAUCAGUCAUGGAUCUCUGUGAUAUUUAUGACGACUCUCCUUUCUGGGCUUUUUUUCUGCAAACCGGGCAUGAUUCAGUGAAUUAGAAACAUCUGUUCUGAGCUGUUAGGAUGACUACAUCAUACUGCUUACCCUUACUUGACCUCUGACCUCAGCUUGAAGGGGAAGAAUAAAGAGAUACUGUCAGCAGAAGAAACCAGGAUAGAGCCGUGUUCGAUUUUCAGCUGAGAGGAUGAGUUUCCUGCUCGGUGCUCUAAUCUGUGGCAGAUGCAGUCACUGCAGGCAGCUUGACGGAUGGUGCUGUGGUAUCAUGUAUCAAGCUGCUGCUAUAUUUGCAGGUUCUGUUUGAAAAAUGAAAACCCCCGCCAUCACUGCAGCUUCGUCUCUGCAGAAAGGGUUUUUUAUGAAAGGGCGUUAAAGCCUUGGUGAAACAGAAAAAUACAGUUUUUUUUGUCACAGUCUUGUUUCUAAAAGCGUUUGCAUUUCGUCAUCUAGAUGAACCCUCGCCAGUGGGCCCACAUCUCAGAGAGCGCCAAGGACCUGGUGAGACGCAUGUUGAUGCUGGACCCCGCUGAGAGAAUCACCGUCUACGAGGCCCUCAACCACCCCUGGCUGAAGGCAAGAGCACGAUUGCACUGCUAGAAAUACGUUUACAAAGAAACAAAUUAAAGUUUCGUGCAGAUACAAUUUUAGCAAUGGAACUCACCCUCAAAGCUUUAGUGGCUUUUUUAAUGCUGACUGAAAAACAUGUUGUUUUUUUUUGUUUUUUUUUUAUAAACCACAGCCAGGCUUGAACAUCCGCUACGUGACUCUACAUGUACUCUCUGUUUCCUCUAUUCUCUGCGUGUUUUUUACUUCUAUUUACUCAGAAAUCUGUGUUUAUGUCGGUCACUCUUGUCUGCAGGAGAGGGACAGGUAUGCCUACAAGAUCCACCUGCCCGAAACAGUGGAGCAGCUGAGGAAGUUCAACGCCAGGAGGAAGCUGAAGGUUUGCACUGUGAUGGUUUUUACAGUCAAAAAGGAAGUGUCGCCUCCUCCGCGGUGCAGCCGGGUUUGAUAAAUGACCUAGAUAAAUGUCAUAUCCUCAUCAAGGGAAAGACCCAAUCCUAGCCCAAGUUUUUUCAGUGUAAUUUAUUUUGGACGUUAAAGUAAAAAAAGGCACCAAACUCCAUUCAGAAAAAGUGGAAUUUUACCUGAUUUAGUCUCACAUCAAUGCAAACUGACCUUGCAGUAAUGGACUGUUGAGGCUUUAUGCAACAAAUGUAACCCCUCCUCUGUAUCCCAGGGUGCAGUGCUUGCUGCCGUCUCCAGCCACAAGUUUAACUCGUACUAUGGCGACCCUCCAGAGGAGCUCCAUGACUUCUCAGAUGACCCUACCUCCUCAGGUAACUCACACAUUGAGACUGUUUUUUUCUCAAGAAAUUACGACCUCACUCAGAGAGAGCCUGGUCGAGAACAACAGGGUUUACCUAGCUGUCACUGAAGCAUCAUACAAUGCUGCACGAAACUCCUGAUGUCAUCCAGGUGAGCAAGAUGCAGGUCACAUAGACUUGAGGUUUUGGCUGUUUGCCUCAGUUUCCUGUGUUUUAAACCAGAUUGUAACAGUAUAGUAAGUGUAGGAGCUCUAAAGGUAGGGGAGGUCUGUGAGGUCUCAUCAGGACUUUAACACAGAAACUGUUGACUUAGAAAAGGAUCCACAGCAAGGAAAACCACAACAAAUAAUCAAUGCUCACUACUUCUGUAGACUUCAUUCCUUCCUGUUACAUUUGCAGCAUCUUUUUGGACAAGAUGUUGAAGCUUCAUAAUAGUUAAACUGUCUUUUUUGAUGAGUUUUGCACUUUUAAAAAAAAAGCUGCAUCAACCUUGUGCAAGGUGAGAACUAACACAAGUGUAUGCAGCAGAAACCUCGUUCACUUUUCUUCCUCAGUUUCUAUUCUGGUGGUUUCCCCUCGAAAGUGAACUCCCGCUUGUUUGGGUGAAGACAGAUGUUGCCCAACAAGCCUCACUUCCCUGUCUCAGCUCUUGACUUUCACUUCCCGUGAUAAGAAAACUGCAGCCUGCCAAUAGUUAUCAGCACGUCGAGACCUCUGGGGUCUGGAAUGAAAAAAGCAGAAAAUGAGCAGCGUGUUACAUCACCCCCUCAUGAAUCAGAGCAAUGAGCUAAGCUCUGCAUCUUUUCUGCUCGGGUUCAGAGGGAGCCGCUGCAGCCAGACGCACUUAUACAAACACGUAUGUUCUUUCUGCUGAGGCUGGCAGUCUGGCGCAGUCAUGCUUCCUGGUGACUGGUUUAUUUUUGUAGACCCCCAGACGUGUGCCCGCUCAUAGACGUAUGUGGUGUAGUCCAUGCUUGGCAGAUUUUUCACAGACUUGGCUGCUCUUUCCUGUGUUUCUCCUAUUCCUCUCUUCCUUCCCUCCUUUAACUCCGUGUUUGCCUCUUCUCUUUGUUUUCUCUGAUUGUGAGCUGUUCAAACUCUGCACUCGUAGCUGCUCUGACCCUCCUCUAAUCUCAGCCUCUCUUUCUUUGGUGUUGUUUUUUUUUUUCCUCCCGCCGUGCUGUCUCUAGGACUGCUAGCCGCCGAAAGUACGUAUCCCCCUCCCCACCCUUAGAAAUCAAUGUGUGAUAUCAUCAUGACCUCAUCAUCAUCAUCAUCAUCAUCAUCAUGAACAUCAUCAUAAUGAGCAUCUACUCCUCGGUGUGGGAUGAUGUUUGGUCUUAAUCCUGAAAAAUGGCUACCUCUGUGUCUCUCUCUGUCUCCUCUCCUGUCCUCUUCUGAAAAAUGGGUGUGCUUUGAAUCCAGAUGACCUGAAGAUGAUACUCUGUCUGCAUGCAUCUGAAUUAUUUUGGCUAAUCCUGGUGCUACAGAUUUUAAAAAUUUAUUCAGAUAAAGAGCUUGAAGGAGGAAAGAUGCUUUUAUGCCCCUGCUAUGUCAGCAGGGUUAUCAGUGUUUACAUGUCAGUUGCUGAUUAAGAUGAAUACAUAACAUAACAUAACAUAAACUCCCACUACAGUUAACUUGUCAAAAACCUUAUCGACUUUGUUCCAUAUGGACUUAAAAUAUCACCAAAGCGCAUUGAGUUUGAGUCACCUGUUACCAGGUAAGCAUUUUUUGGAGCGCAACGGUGUCCACAGACCUAUGGAUGAAACUAAAUUAAAGAAGUUAGCUGUGUUUGCAGUGUUAUAAAAAAAAAAAUCCUCAGGUUGACAUAUUAAGACCAGUCAUAUAUCUGCCUGGUGCAGGGGAACAGAAGUUCACUCACACAAAACCUGUCAGAAUCACUGCAUGUCAAUAAGUUAUCAAAAUUUGAUUGAAACCACAGUUUCACAACAUGACCUGAAGAAACCAAAAAGCAACUGAAGCGGAACUCCACUUUUUUUUUUCUCUUACAGAACUUGAUGAAACAAAGAGAGCAACCGUAGCAAAGCUCUGCCUAAUAAAAAUCCCAUCACACUAUCCAGGAAUGAAUGGAUGUCAAUGAGUAAUCAAAGUUAAUGUAAAAUAAAUGCAAACUAUCUUGGUAAUUGGACAUGAACAGGAACUAUGUUUUAUUUUGUAGUCUGUUAAAGUUUUGUCCUCAAAAUCAAGUUAAAAAAAAACAAACACUUCCUCUAAGUCACAAAGAACUAUUUCCUUCCUCUAUUUUGUAGUCACAGAAAUAGUCAAGGUCAUAAAAUGCAUUUAAUCAUAUUUCACUAAUUUUAAAGAAGACACAAGAAACAAUCCAGGAAAUUAGACAUGAGACAGCCUUGGAUUUUACAAUAUGAAACUCUGCAGGUAUUAUAUAACAUACAGUCUGAUUAAUCUUAAUUAAACAGCCAUAAAAAAAUUUUGAUUAUCAGGCACAAUAAAAGAGAGACCCUUAGCCUGAUUAUGUAUAAAAAUAAAUCACAACUAUUCUAACUUACAAGAGAGAGCUGUGAGACAGAACUGUAAUAUACUAGGAAAAGAAAUGAAAUACUCAUUAGGGUCACAAAUGAAGAGAAAAAAUUAUGAAUCAAGUUGAGAGAGAGCAAAUAAUUUAACCCUGAGGAAUCCAGUCUUUCUCUUUUUGGCAUUAAUAAUAGCUUACAUAUGAAUAUAUAAAACAUGAACACCUUUUAUCUGUUCAUGGGUUAAAAUCUCUCUUCUCAGUAAGAGCAUAUGAUGCAUGUAAACAGACACGUUUCAGAAUUGUUUCACUUUAAUAGCAUGUCUUUCACUCUGCUGUGUCUUUUUCAUGCCUCACAGAAAAGCUGAAUCACUGUCUCAUAUUUUGUCAUAAUUCGUAAUUCAAUUCAUGUUUGUAAUGAGGAUUAUUUUUUCCCUCGUAUUCACCUUUCAUCUGUUAUCGCAGCACUUCUUGUUGGAGUCUUCUUGUUUGCUUUACUUAGCCUCUUGGUAGGCAGUGUUUGCCGUCCUACUCAGCGCAGGAUUAGACAGUUUCAACAGUGGAGAAAUCUGCGGCGUCUAAAUUUAACACAUGAAAUUUAAUUGAGAUGAUGAAUAUAGGAAUUCCUGGAAAAUCUCAAAUUAAGAUAGUCUUUAGUAACUGAAAAUCUGCACUUCACUCACAUAUUUUUAAAGCCUUCGAGUUUUGAGGCUGAACUUUUGAGCAGUUCUUUAUUUAUUUACACCUCUACAUUUUCCUUCUUCUUUAAAGUACAUUUUUCAUUUUUCUGCGGUCUAACCCUUUAACCUUUACUGUAACUUUUUAAAGAGUCUUUUCCCUGAUCUUGUAUUGAUGCCAUGUACCGCUGUUUCUCUGGUUUUGCUGCAUGUGUGGGCGAUGCAGCAGGUACUUUGGGGUUAAAUAGUUCUGAGUGUUUGUGUGUGUUUUUCUGUGCUUUUCUGUUGUGCCUCGUACUGUUUGUCUCCUCUUGUGUUAUUUGUGUUGUUGUUUUUUUUCUGCUUGUUUGUGGAUGUGUCUAGGUGGUGUGUUGGUGCUAAAGCCUGUCUGUCUGUCUUUUUGUGUUCAGUGUUUGCACUCUGUGCGGUGUUACUGGAUGUUUGCAGGGACUGCUUGGUGUACUUUUGUGAGUGUUUCUAUGAGAGAUUCCGCCCAGAUUUGAGUGUAUAACCUCCAUGUGUGUGUGUGUGUGUGUACAGGGGCAGUGUCACAGGUUUUGGACAGUCUAGAGGAGAUUCAUGCCUUGACGGACUGCAGCGAGAAAGACAUGGACUUCCUCCACAGUGUCUUCCAGGAUCAGCACCUCCACACCCUGUUAGAUGUGAGUGAAUCGUUCCACAAAUGACCAGUAGAGGGCGUGAAAACACAAGAGUCAGUCUCAGUUUCCAGUGUGUGACUGUUUUUUUUUGUGUGCGUUUUCAGCUUUAUGAUAAAAUCAACACCAGGUCGUCCCCUCAGAUCCGAAAUCCUCCGAGUGAUGGAGUUCAGAGAGCCAAAGAGGUAAGAAGCGCACGCUAAUCAAGAAGUUUAUGUGACUUUUGCACCUCUUAUCACUCAAAUUAAACAAAUGUAUCUAAAUGCAGAUUUUAAGGGAGCUGUUUCUGGAAAAACAUGAGUUGUGCUGCUGCUGUGUUUGUUUCAUAACUGACAGGCACAGAUUGUAACUAAUGGUGCAGAAAAUGAAAACAUUAGAUAAAAAAACCCGCACAGGGAAAGACGAUUUUCAAGGAUGUCUAAUCAAAAGACAGUUACAGAGACCACCAGACUCCACUGAAAAAUCAGUCACUUUACUGUGCUUCUGAGAAGAAAGAGAUUCAGACUUUGAAAUUAAAACUUCUGCUUGUUUCAGGUCACGAAGGUGCACAAGACCAGCUUUCUCACUUCUGGGCGGAAGACCAGUCAUUGCUCCACUCAUGUUUCUAAUUCUCAGGAUAAACUUUUGCUUUUGCCUCUCCCAUCAGGUACUGGAAACCAUUUCAUGUUACCCAGAGAACAUGGAGGCAAAAGAGCUUAGAAGGAUCCUCACACAGCCGCACUUCAUGGUGAGAUAUCAUAUGUACACACACACAAACAUACACAGGAGGACCCAUGUUUGUCAGAGGGUCAUAUUUUUGUUGUGCCUAUGUAGAGCAGGCUUACUGCUGUGAGUACUUACAACCUAAUGUGUCAGAAGAGGAGCUCUUUUGACAGUCCACAUAACUCCCUCGGCCAUAAAGCUGCUUAGCACCUGAGCUUGGCGAGCCCUCGGGUGGGGAUCGAGGCGCGUAGGGGAGAGAGGCAGAGGCAUUAGAGCGACUGGGAGAGAGGAGCUAAAGUGAGUGUAGUGAACAGCUUCAGCCAGGUCUCAGUGUGGAUUUACUGGCCCCUUUUGCUCCGACUGUCAGUACCACCAUGUCUGCCAGAUGUUUGUUUUAUUUUUUUUAUUUUUUGCGAAAGCAGACCAGAGAAAAGCGGGGGGAUUUUAUUAAGGUGCUUGGGAACUGAAUUCUGAGGAAGAAAAUCAGAGGAGGGUUCCAUGUAAAGGUAAAACAUCACUGGGGGACGGGAUCUGCUUGAUUUGGGGAUGUAUUAUUCAGGCCUCUAAGUAGUUCUGUAGGCUGUUGUAUUCGUGUACAUCAGAGAAAUGUAGGACAGCGCAAUUGCAGGACUGGGUUAGGGGCACAGCAAGCCGAGGUGUUUCCCUGCUGAUUCAGUCUCUGUCACUUACCGGAGCUGUCAUGCCUCAGGUUUGGUUCAAUCCAAUUAGUCAGCUUUGCUCUUUGACCUGACUGACUGGGACUUAAUAUCCCGCCAUACGCAUACAGUAGAGCUGUUAUCUGUGUGUAUUUAAAGAUGCCAUCAUCUUGUCUCUGAAACGCUCUAGUUUCUUUGUUUUGAAUAGAAAUGAACAAUGCAGAACAGAAAUGUUGAAACCUGGCUUGAUUCACUUAUUUCACUGCAACAUAAAACAGCAAAAUAAUGCAAAACAUACAAGUAAGAGUACAAACAUACUUUCCUUUAAACGUAUGCAUUCAUGCAUUUUUGAAUGUUUUACAUUUAAAAAAUAAAAUUUUUCAUGAAUGAAUGAACUACUAGUGCAUUGCCUGUUAGAUAUAAAUGCAUGUAUUGAUGAAGUAUGUUUGUAUUUAUGCUGUUUCCAGUGCAAAGUCUUCAUUUCUGCAUGAGUGUAUGUUGGUAUGUUUGUAUAGAUAUGGGCAUGUUUGUUCCUGCACCUGUUUGAAUGAGUAACCUCUAGGGGUGAGAGAAAAAAUCGAUACAGCAUCGUAUUGCAAUACUUUGUCUGGUGAUAUAUUGCAUCGUCUGAUUUACCAAGUAUGGUUUUUUUCAGAUUAAUUGCUAAUAUGAAGUCAAAUCUCUGAUAAUAGAAAAAUAAAAUCAACUGUUUGUCCAGUGAGGUUGGCAGAGGUGACAUCAUGGAGCAGGAGAAAGUUAGCACAACAAAUAUAUGUAAGGUUUGCUACAUGAAAAUAAAAUACAGUGUAAAUAGGACAAACAGAAAAGAAAGGCAAAUGCUGGAUAAGCUAAACAGUUGAAAAAAGUACACAAAUAGCAAUAUAUUUUAUCGCAAUAAUCACUGUAUUGCGAAAUGUUAAAAAUCGCGAUAAUAUUGUAUCAUGGCCCAAAUGUUGUGAUAAUAUCAUUUCAUGGCGCAAGUAUCGUGAUAAUAUAGUAUCAUGGCCCAAGUAUCGUGACAAUAUCAUAUCAUGGCCCAAGUAUCGUGAUAAUAUCGUAUCAUGGCCCAAGUAUCGUGAUAAUAUUGUGGCCCAAGUAUCGUGAUAAUAUCGUAUCAUGACCCAAGUAUCGUGAUAAUAUUGUGGCCCAAGUAUCGUGAUAAUAUCGUAUCAUGGCCCAAGUAUCGUAAUAACAUUGUGGCCCAAGUAUCGUGAUAAUAUCGUAUCAUGGCCCAAGUAUCGUGAUAAUAUCGUAUCAUGGCCCAAGUAUCGUGAUAAUAUCGUAUCAUGGCCCAAGUAUCGUGAUAAUAUCAUUUCAUGGCCCAAGUAUUGUGAUAAUAUUGUAUUGUUGAGCCACUAGUUAUUCCCACCCCUAGUAACCUAAUAACAAAUAUACGCAAAAACACACAAUUGACACAUACUUCUGCACGCUGACAGGUACCUCUAGCCAAAGAUGUAUUCAUACUCACACACUUAAAAUGUUUGUUACAGUGUCUGAUCUUUUGGCAAACAGUACUCCCUGAAGUGUUUGUUCAAAAAAAAAGAAACCCACACUGUAUGUCAGUAACAUGAUUAGAGGCCAAAGAGGAUUAGUGUAAGCCACACUCCCUCUGAUGUUGGAGCAAAACACGCACAAACACACACACUGAUACUGUGAGUAACAGCACACGUACCGAGGAACUGUUUGACCGGUUUGUUUCGUUCGUUAUUUGGAUUUUCGAAGUCUUUCAAGACCAACCGGGGAUCCACUGUUCGAGGACAUUGGAUAACAGUGGAGCUGGACUCAUGAGUCAUUACGUUGUGUUGACCCUACAGGCUUUGCUGCAGACCCACGAUGUUGUCGCCCAUGAGGUGUACAGCGACGAGGCCCUGAGGGUGACGCCCCCGCCCACUUCGCCUUACCUGAACGGAGACUCUCCAGACAGCACUAACGGAGACAUGGACCUGGAGAACGUCACCCGGGUUCGCCUUGUGCAGUUCCAGAAGAACACUGAUGAGCCCAUGGUGGGUAGACAGACUUAUCCAGAUUUAAAUCAGGGAAUUGGAUGCUGUGUUUGUCUUUUUUAUAAGCACAUCAUUAGUUUGUAUUAAAUAUGAGCAGCAUAGACAAACUUUGCUGUAAAAACACAAGAAACUCUGUGUCCUCUGGGUUGAUACUGUUGCAUGAGGCCAGAUUUGAGCCAAAGUGUAACCGGCUCAAGAUAAAGUGAAACCAGCAUUCACUGGAGACAGAUGGACAAACAGCCUGCAGCUGAAACCGAGCGCCUGAUGUUGGUGUAAAUCCAAAAAUUUCCUGGUAUCAAACUGGGCGCUAGUCAAACUCAAGUAGCUCGAAGUGGCGGGGAAGUUAAUCCAGAAUUAACCAUCUGGGUUAAUUCAAUCAGCCGGACAGGGAAAGGGUUUAUUAAUCAAUCUGGAAAGCCAAAUAUCACAAACACAAAUGAGUUAAGACUGUAAUCUACAAGCUCUCUGACCCUGCUCCUCUUUUAUUUUUCAGGGCAUUACUCUGAAAAUGAACGAACUUAACCACUGCAUCGUGGCUCGCAUCAUGCAUGGAGGGAUGAUCCAUCGACAAGGUGAAAAGCCAGACACCACAGACACAAAUGUAAUAUCUAAAAAGACAAUAAAGCAGCUGAGAGUUAUCAGAUGAACUAACACUCUUUGAACAGUCCAGUGUCUCUGCUUUGAUUCCCUCUGAACCAUCUGAAGUAACCCCCAGGGUUCACCUGUUGUUGUUAUACCUCUAAGGAGCCUUAUUUGUAGAGUUUAUUAAUACAUUAUGUCCUCGCCUCAGGGACUCUGCACGUAGGAGACGAGAUCCGAGAGAUUAACGGCAUCAGCGUUGCCAAUCAGACGGUGGAACAGCUCCAGAAGAUGCUGGUAAGACUCGCAGAGCAGACACUUGGACUGCAGACCGCCUCUCUGUCAGUCAUCCCUCAAAUUUACCAGAUCCAUCCGAUAUUGUUACACGUCUUCAUAUAUAUUUGCUCUCAAAACAAACAGGAUUUUUUUUUAGAAGCAAGUAAAUUUCAAACUUUAUUCUCUUUGUCCUCACAGAGGGAGAUGAGAGGCAGCAUCACCUUCAAGAUAGUCCCCAGUUACCGCUCCCAGUCCAUGUCCUGUGAGGUAAAGGUUCAAAAAACACUCACAGACACACACUUAUCACUUUUUUACAGAUUUCGAUGAGGGUUUUCUUCUUUUCCUUUUGCAGAAAGAGUCGCCAGAUUUGUCCCGACAGUCGCCUGCAAACGGUCACGCCAGUGUUACGAGCUCCAUCCUGGUAGGAGUCUGCUCCUCCCCCUCCUCUAUUGAACACAGAUGCUAAUGAUAACGCCUUUUCACUUCCUCACCCAUGUUUUUGAUUUGAUUCAAUGUAGGACCUGCCAUCAACAAUCCAGCCCAAAGGCCGCUUGGUAAGCAUGUCUUCUUCCCUCUGUGCACUUUCACCUCCGCUCCUUCCUUUUGUCUCACAAUCAGCCACUUUAAUGACACACUAACACUCCUCUCCUACAAACCCACGUCUGCAUGCUUGUCCGCGUCCUUCCUCAUUUUCAUAAAGUCUUUUUCUGUUAAAUCCAAACACUCCCAAAUGUCAGACCUUAAAGGGAUAUUCCAGCAUAAAUUAAAGUUAGGGUAAAACACACAAUAACACAGAGUUAGACACCCCCUGGAGAGCUGAAUGUAGCCGACUGCUUGCUUCUCUAGUUAUACCAACUUUAGUAACGACCAAAAGAUAGCAAUACACAGUGGUCUAUGGCUCCAUGCGCAAACCUCAACCAAAAAGCCAAUCUAUAGCCACAAAUAAUGCUCAGAACAGCACCUAACUUCAUCAACGGUACAUAUAGGGUCCCAGCCAUAGUACUAGCCAUCAAACAUCUUUUUAGCUUUGCCUGGUUUCUUGAGCAAAGAGACCUAACACAACUCACCCACUCUCUUCCAGCAGCCUUUUGUUUGUGGGGGGAACCCUGACGAGUCAAUCACCGAGUGCAGCGGAGUGUCGCAGCUCAAGGAAGAACAUUUGUGAUUAUUACUUCAUGAAAAUGAUCCGCUGCACUUUGUGAUCAACUCGUCAGGGCUCCCCCCACAAACAAGCGGCUGCUGGAGGAGGGUGGGUGAGUUGUGUUUGUGAGAACAUCAACUGUUAGCAACCCUUUUUGUCUCAGUCAAAACUUUUUAUUUAUGGGUUUUCAUCUGUUUGUGAUGUCUUAAUCAUACCCUGAGAUAGCACAUACACUGUACAAACUCUGUGAUAUAUCAGUGUCAGCAUCCCAUUGUAUCACCCCUCUUAAUUUAGACCCCCCAACAUUUUCUACUGCAUGAUUUAUGUGUAAGUGUGUGUGUGAUGCUCUCAACCCCAUAGAUCUCCAGACCUGCUCUCAAGGACAAAUUGUCCAUCAAGGUAAGACGUCUCUAAGUGGACCCUUAGUAGAAGUAGAUCCCAGCACCUCCCACCCCCAUCGCAAAGUCUGGUUCCUCAUCCUAGCCGUGUCUAGACCCCAUGCUAGCUUUAAAAGACCAGAAAAAGAAGUGAAUUAAAGGGCCGCGGGCAGAGUUGUGGUAAAAGUGCUUUUUCCGAUCAUUGUCGUCUUGCUGUGUCUGUGCCCUCUCCUGCUUCAGCUUCGACGCUCCCUCUGCUGUUCUUAGACGCCUCAGCGCUGCAUUUCUGAUCCGUUAGCAGCCUCCUCUCCUGUGGUGUGUUCUCCUGUCACAGCCUUCCCUCUGUAUCGUCACCAAAACGUUUCGAUCUCUCUCUGUUUCUGCUCUUGCAGAUUUACGUACGCGCUCAGUUUGAGUAUGACCCGGCCAAAGAUGACCUCAUCCCCUGUAAGGAGGCAGGUAUCCGCUUCAGGGUGGGCGACAUCAUCCAGAUCAUCUCCAAGGAUGACCACAACUGGUGGCAGGGGAAGCUGGAGAACACGAAGAACGGCACGGCGGGCCUCAUCCCUUCACCUGAGCUGCAGGAGUGGUGAGUAGUCCAGACAAACAAUGUAGUUUGUCCUAGGGGUGGGAAUCACUGGUUGUCCUACAAUACGAUAUUAUCACGAUACUUGAGCCACGACACAAUAUUAUCACAAUAUUUUGGCCUUGAUACAAUAUUAUUGUGAUACUUGGGCACAAUACGAUAUUAUCACAACACUUGGGCCACAAUACAAUAUUAUCAUGAUACUUGGACCACAAUACGAUAUUAUUGUGAUACUUGGGCCAUGAUAUGAUAUUAUCACAAUACUUGGGCCACGAUACGAUAUUAUCACAAUACUUGGGCUACAAUACGAUAUUAUCACGAUACUUGGGCUACAAUACGAUAUUAUCGCGAUACUUGGGCCACGAUACGAUCUUACGAUGAUACUUGGGCCGCAAUGAGAUAUUGUCAUGAUACUUUGGUCACGAUACGAUAUUAUCACGAUACUUGGGCCAUGAUACAAUAUUAUUAUUGCGAUUUUUUAACAUUUUGCAAUACAGUAAGUAGUGCGAUACAACAUAUUAUGAUUUAUAGAAUUUUUUUCAACUGUUUAGCUAAAUUAGCAUUUGCCUUUCCUUUUCUUCUUAUUUACGCUGUAUUUUAUUUUCAUGUAGCACAUCUUGCAAACCUUAUAUAUUUAUUUGUUGUACUAACUUUCUCUUGCUCUAUGAUGUCACUUCUGUCAGCCUUACUGGACAAACGGUUGAUUUUAUUUUUCCAUUAUCAUAGAUUUUACUUUAUAAUUCCAAUUAAAUAGAGAAAUCCAUACUUGGUAAAUGAGACGAUAUGAUAUAUCACCAGACAAAUUAUCACGAUACAAUGCUGUCUACAUUUUUUCUCCCACCCCUGUUUUACACUCUUCCUUCUGUCAUAAAAGUUACAGUUCACAGUUUUAAUGAUGGGCUUGGUAUUAAAUCCUCUAUUUAGUUCUUGAAGAGUCUUGAAUUCAUUUUCAAAGUCUCACCUUAAAACUUGUCCGUGUGUUUCUCUUUCUCGUCCAGGCGUGUGGCGUGUAUAGCAAUGGAAAAGACCAAACAGGAGCAACAGGCCAGCUGCACCUGGUUUGGCAAGAAGAAGAAACAGUACAAAGACAAGUAUAUGGCCAAACACAACGCAGGUAAGAAGACACUGAACAGCUUCCCGAUCAAUAAUCCAACAGAGCUAAUGCUAACAGCGAGUGUUUGAUACGACUGAUGCAACAUAGUGUACGAUGACCCCCCUGUUGCGCCUCUGUAACAGCAGAUUUGUGCCACUGCUGCAUGCCUGUUUCCCUCUGACAGACCUCUCCUACUGCUGCCUCAGUUUGCAUUUUGGUUUAAGUCACUAACAGUGUUGCUUUUAACAGCUUUUGAUGUUGACGGUUUUAGUGAUUGGUGAUUUUUUUUAGUUGAGUUUGUCUGUUUAUUAACCCUUCCGCUCCCACCCUUUGUCCAUAUUUCAUGCUAUCUCUUACCCAAUGACAUGGCUGCAUGUAAGUAACUGCAGACAGCUGGUGUCCAGCUUCUGUGUUUUUCUUCCUCCUCCUAAUGUCUCCUUGACUUUGAGUGAUAGCUGCUUUGUUGGUUUUUUUAUUAGUCAGCUCUGAAUAACUCAGCCGAUGUCAUCCUACCUGAGCAAGGUUAGUGCAAAUGAGGCGGGUUUAAUGCCUCCUCAAGGUCUGGCUGAGGCUUUCUCGACCAGCUGUGGUGUAUGUGACAAGAUCAUGAUUUAAACAACUCUGCUGUGGAUUUAAAAAUGCACCUGAUUUAGAGCUCAGCGCUUUAUUGAAGCCACAGAGACGACGCACCGGCAUUAAUGCUGGUCUCAUUUGCACUAGCAUUGUCUUUGUACACUGGAUUUGCAUUUAUUUAUGGAGAUUAACAACCUGUAAACUCAUGUGCAGUCCUGGACUUCUAUACAAAGUUUGUUUCAGCUGUUUCUCUCUGUGUUUAAUCUGAUCAGUUCCUUUGUCAAACAUUAAGUCAGAUUCCUGUGUCAGCUCUCGCAGAUGCUUAAACCUCUGAUGUUUCCUCUCGCUCUGCAGUGUUUGACCAACUAGAUCUGGUGACUUACGAGGAAGUGGUCAAACUGCCGUCGUUCAAGAGGAAAACUCUGGUUCUGCUCGGUGAGUGAACGCAGAAAAAGGUUUGAACUCGUUCUUGUUUGCAUAGCAGAGUCUGAUUUAGUAAGCAUCUCUGCAACAGGCUGCUACUUAUCUUUCAGGCUGUGGUCGAUCAGCAACUCGCUCAGUAAAAAAAGAGAUGUAAAUGUCGGUGAGCUCAAGAUAAGCAUCUUGCCACAAGGUCUUUUUAUUUUGACAGUUUUGAAUUCAAUCUGAACCUUUUAGAGAAACGAGAACUGAAGCAAUACUGAACUUUUUCUUCUUUCUGCUUCUGAGCUGCUCCCAUCAAAUCCUGGUUUCAGUGUCACAUUUCAAGUCAAAUUAAACCGCGCAAAUCUGCUGUGUAGCUUCAUUUUCCUGCGAUUAUGGAUGAUGGGAGGAUAAAACGUGAUUUUUAAAUUAAAUCAGACUUCAAAUUCAAUCAGUAAAAUUUUAUUAAUACAGCGCUAAAUCACAACAAUCGAUAACCCAAGACGCAUUCCAAAAAAGAGCAGGUCUAGACCACGCUCAUUGUUUGAUGAAUUACCAAGGCCCAACCUUAAGAUGGGACAGAUUUGACCCAUCUCAUCUAACAUGAGUGACAGUGGCAAAGAAGAACUUCCUUUUAACAGGCAGAAACCCUGGGAAGGACCAGACUCAUAUUAGACAGCCACCAUGUUGUACUUGAGGACCCAGAGUUCAGUUUGCUUUUUGUUUCGAGACCAUUUUGAGUUCCUUCACUCUAAAAUGCUUCAUAGAUAUUUUAGUCAUGAGAAUUUCAAUACAAUCAAAGAAGCACAGCAUCAUUUAUGGCAUGACUUGUUUAAUUGUUUUAACAUCAUGUUAAUCCUCAAAGUGAGAGUUAGAUACUCACUGUUCGGAUGCAAAGCUCCUUCGCCACCCUCUUUCAGGGUGCAAAGACCCACUCGAUGAAUUUGAACCAGCUUUCAGAACCUCUGAUACACAAGCAGGUCGUCUGAAAGAAGUCAGAAAAGAGGAUACAAGACUUUACCUGCUCAUAUGAAAAGCUGCACCGCCUUCCAGAUUUAACAGCCUGGAUAAAAACUUGUUGAAGGCCUCUGUCAGUUUACAUCAAGAUCUUCUUUAACUUUCCUUCUCUAGUGACUUUCACUUUAGUCUGAGGGGUGAACAAAUCUAAAUUUCAGUCAUAGAAUCACAAACACCCAGUUUAGAUGCAUCAAAUAAAAUGUCCAAAUCAAAUAUUUAAGGGCAGAGAAUGAACUGUUCUUCUGACACACACAACACCACAAAAAAGGAUCACCUGCAGAACAGCUCCCCCUAGAGGAGAAGAGUCUGUACCGCUCACCACAUUUCCACGGCAGCCUUUUUUUUCUGAGCCUUAAGUGUAAAACUCAAAUGCCGGUAUGUGCAGGCAUGAUCACAUUAUCAUAAUAACAAGAGGAUUGAGAACAUACUGUCUCUGCUCUGUCUCUGUUCAUUCAGGUGCUCAUGGAGUUGGCAGGAGGCACAUCAAGAACACGCUCAUCACCAAACACCCCGACCGCUUCGCCUACCCCAUCCCACGUAAGCAGAUACACACACAAUCCAACAGACACGCAUCAACACACACACUCAAAGACUAACCUUGCGUUCAUCCGUCUCUCCUUCUCAGACACGACUCGACCUCCGAAGAAGGACGAGGAGAACGGGAAGAACUACUACUUUGUGUCACAUGACCAGAUGAUGCAGGACAUCAGCAACAACGACUACCUGGAGUACGGCAGCCACGAGGACGCCAUGUACGGGACCAGGCUGGAGACGAUCAGGCAGAUCCACGGGCAGGGCAUGAUCUCCAUCCUGGACGUUGAACCGCAGGUAACGUCAGAGAUCAAAUGCACUGAAAGUUUAACAGAAUAUCUGGCAAGAGACAAACACACAGAGAUAACAGAGAUAUUUUACUCUCUCUUCAGGCACUUAAGAUCCUCAGGACAGCUGAGUUUGCUCCCUAUGUGGUCUUCAUCGCAGCUCCCACCAUCACCCCAGGAAUGACCGAGGUACAGUCCCCAGAACGAUGCAGCUCCCUCUAUCUAGAGCUCCAGGUUCACUCAGUUUGCACGGACUAACUCACUCAAACAGUCUCACCUUUUUUGUCUGAAUUCUGCAGAAUUCAAACAAAAUCAUCUUUUUUUGUUUCUAUCAUCCCUUUUUAUGCUCUGCUUCAUGUUUCUCUAACUGCACGUGUCUUGUUGGCUUUAAGCAUGUUUGUAUUUUCUUUGGCACGCCUGAUUUCAUUUGCACUCAAGGUCCCAAAGUGGUGCAGGAAGCUGCCUGUAAGUACUGGUUCAAUGUUGAGUUUGAAGACUGUAGGAGGCAUAUGUGUGUGUGUGUGUGUGGCCUCUGUGUUUGUGUAGCUCUAGUGGUUGUCUAGCUUUGUCCACUCCCCCUGAUUUCCUCGAAAUCCUCUAAUCCCUCCAAUAAUCCUCUUGAUUGUGUGCUGGCUCUGUGGGGCAUCUUCAUUUUUGGUGCAGCUUCACACCCAUCCCUACUAGUGCCCGACCGAUAUGGAUUUUCUGGGGCCGAUGCUGAUACCGAUUAUUGGGGGGGGGGGGGUCCGAUUACCGAUUAAUCAGCGGAUAUUUUAAAUUUUUAGGAAGUUAUAAAAAAUAUAUAUACACUGUAGUUAUCUACAGUAUACUAUAUACUGUGGGCUACUGCUCUUCACGCAGACAGGAAGACCGACUGAUCAAACCCGGACCAGAAAAGCAUUUUCAACAACCCCCCCGCUGAUCGGUGCCUCCGCGUCUUAACUCACGUUACUCAUUUCUGGUCCGAUCUCAUCUGGAGACAUGCAGCUGCCUCAGUAAGAGAAGAAGCUCGAUCACAUAAUGUGUACUGUUGUUUAUUCUACCAUUACUGGCAUGGCUAACAGUGUAGCAAGGCUAAUAGCAGACGGAUAACUCUAACUUUAGCUUGCAUAUUACAUGGUGCAUGAGGUCGCUGCGCCAUCUACAGGAUAAGUCGGGGAACUUUUCAAAUGGCGGAACAUUUUCAAAGUGAAACCGAAUCUUGUUCUCCGCAUUUAUUUCUGAAAAUAUCGGUGAAAAUUGGCGAGUUUUGGCCAAUUACCGAUUAGUCUUUAAUCGGCUCGCUGAUAAAUCGGUCGGGCCCUAAUCCCUACCCUCGACUCCUUCUCCCUCUGCAUCCUGGGUAAAUUCGAGGAAAUCUUUUAGUUGUUUUUUUAGAUUUAUUCACCUUCAAACUUCAAGACUUUAUUGGUGGUCCCUUACCAUUCAAGAAGAAGCCAGACUUUGACUUUCAAGACCACAAAUGAAGCCUUGAAGCAUCUCACCUAGACACAGACCCCGAUCACUGACAUUUCCCUUCCUCUCCUCCUCUACAGGACGACUCCCUGCAGCGGCUCCAGAAGGAAUCUGAGAUGCUCCAGCGGACCUACGCUCACUACUUUGACCAGACCAUCAUCAACAACGAGAUCGACGACACCAUCCGACUGCUGGAGGAGGCCGUGGACCUGGUGUCCACCACCGCCCAGUGGGUCCCCGUCACCUGGGUCUACUGA